AUGGCUACGCAGAGGAUGAGUGAAGAAUUGGCUCGAGAAUCUGGCUUCGAGGAUUUAUCUUUUGCUACGAGAAGUUACCGUCCAGAAUAUGCAUCUUCGCCAGACAUUCAUGGAGCUUACAGACGUGAGUAAAAUCUGUUAGCCUCAGAAUACGAAGGUGAAUGAACAGCUCUGUGGUCUCACUAUUGCUCAUUUUGUUAUUUUUUCUUCUCAGCAGAGAGAUGGAUUCGUACGUCUGAAAUCGAACCCGCACUGCGAGCUAAGCUUGCCUUUACUUCAGGUAAGCUUAAGUUUUCAUUCGGUGUUUUUCAUGGAUGUUUUAAAGAUUCGGUGAUAAUGUAAGCUUACAGGAAUGUUGUGGUUUAAAUAAAUGUAAGGUGUAGCGGCAUUCAUUCCGGCUUUAAUUGAUUACAACGAGUUCAGAAUUAAGAAUGUGAAUCGAUCGGCAUAAUUUGAAAGCUUAAUUAUAAGUUCAGAACAGCAACGCUUAUGUUUAUAUAGAACUCUGCAUCUGUGAUGAAUUCUUUCCAUUUUGUAACUGCGUUAGAGUUAUGUUUGGCUGCAUAAAUUUGUCUGUUUAUGUUUUAAAUGUAUUAAAUUCACUGCUUUAAUUGUGUUGAUCUAAUAACAGGGGGUAAAGAUCGCCAAGGUCGAAGAAUUUUAACAAUACCUGCUGGAAAAACCGAAGAUUUAAGCGUCAAUAAACUCGGAGAUACGUUAGCGUAUCUAACCCAAGUUCCAAGGUAUAUGAAUAAUAUUUUGAUACUACUUCAGCUACGUUUAAUCGACCCCUUAAUCUGUUGUUGAUUUAAUGCAAGAAGUGUAUAAAAUUUCCGCCCCCGAAAUUUCAUUCCUGUCAGAAUUCCCUUUAUGCUUUUGAGAGUUAAGCAAACGAAACCACAGAAAUGAACAAACAGCUCGAGCCCUCAUAGCCAACUAACAGGGCGCGUAAUAUUAAACACGAACGGACAUUUCCAAAUUUGCAAGCAUGCUUUGUGAGAGGUCGAAAUUUGUGGUAAUUUCCUGUCAUCAGACAACAAUGUCGGUGUGAAUUCUUUUGUACUACGAACAAUUUGAAUUAGCUCUUCGAUCACCUUUCAUCAAAAAUGGUCGGCAUGAAAUAUGGAACAUUCUAUUAAUUUUGGAUAAAAGGCUAAGGAAGGAAGAUUGUAUCCAAAUAUACCAAGCAAAGUGAACUUAUGACUGUCAUUAAUAUUGAGUUUAUUAUUUUUUGGCAUAGCUUCUACGUUCAGGAAUGUACUGGAUGGCAUGACACAAAUUCCUUAUCAACCUGACUUAUUGACAUAUUAAAAAUAAAACAAAUUUGGACAAACUUGGAUAUUGUAACAGAAUAUUUCACAUCUCUAUUUAUGUAGAACUUAGUUUUGAAAUGAUUCUCAUGAUAUAACGGUUAAAUACAGAGAAGUACCUGCUUGUUAUAAAGAAUGAAUCAUUGUGAAAUGCAUUGCAUUAUUGGAGUAAAAAUAUUCUAGUUUCAAAGUGAAAUUGUGCUGUUUCGGAAAAUUUCCAAAUUAAUCUCGAGCUCCCCUUGAUAGGGAUUUUUCUGAGACCCCUGCCCCCCACACACCUCAGUUGAAAUUCCAAUUACGUUUCAUGUAGUUGUACAUUUGUUUAAACUUAAUUGGUCUUUUAGACUCCCUCCCCCUCCAGCAAUAGGCUGAUUUAGCAACAGGACGGGAACAUCAUUUGAUGACUGGUAAGGGCGUGGAAAUGACUAAACUCGACUUCCGGUACCCAAUUUGCCGCUCUGCCAUUGGUCAAUCCAAUUGUUUGAUUUGCGCGCGCAGUUCCCGUUCUGUUGCUAAAUCGGCCUAAUAUGGACAAAAGGAGAGGGCCGUGGAGAUUUUCUGAAAGAAGACAUUCUGACCUUCUGAUGGUUAAGGUCAAUGGUAAAGGUCAAGGUCCUUAUUAUUUUACAUGUACCUUGGUAACUCAAAAUGGUACACAUAAGACUAGCAAACCUUAGCCUGGGUCACAGAUGUAAUCUAACACCAGUUUCUUAACAUCUGCAAAGCAGCACCAAUAUCAAUGUUCUGCUCCCCCAAUAAACUCAGGACUCAACGCAUAACUGGAAAUGCAUUUUCAAUUAUUUAAUGACAAAGUGACAAUGGCUUUUUAACUGGCCAAUCAUGGUGCGUACUCAAAUGCUGGUAGACAGCUGGGGGCCCAGAAGAAUGAUUUUGGCGCUGUUUCACAGAUAGACGUGAAGAAGUUUAGUUCCAUCCGUGGUGCAUGCUAGCAAAACUAAGGCUGAUGGUGCACUGCACUCAUUUUACUUCCAUCAGUGCCCCUGACUUUACGGGAAUUUAAAGCUACAGAAAAGUAAAGAAAUUGGAAAAAGGAUUGAGGUCACACCUGAGUAUGAAAUUCACUAAUACAAUGUAUAUCCUUGCUUCUUCUAAUGGCCACCUGAUAUAAAUUAAGGCAAAAUUAAGGGAGAAGGGGGGCACUCUCUGGCCAAAAUUCUACUUCGCUUUAAGGCUGGUUUUUCUAGCGGUGAUGGAAAUGGAGUCGAAGUCAUAAGCAGAGUCAUAAGAGCAUUAUGACCUAGUGAAAAUAAAAAAUCAGAGUUGUAAGGGGAGUCAUAAGAGUCAAGAAUUUUUUUCUUCCGACUCUGCUGUAACUCCAUCGCUUACAUUCAGCUUAUGAUCCAGUGAAACCAGAUUGUCAGAGUUGGAAGCAGAAGCGGAGGGAUAAACCAAUUGCAGUGUACGUUCUCACAUUUUGUGAUUGGUUUAGUUUUCCUGCUUCUGCUUGCAACGUAGACAACCCAGUUUUCACUUGAUUGUAAAUGACAAAGUCACUAGCAGAAUCAGAAGGAUCAGAACGCUGUUUUCACUGGAUUGUAAAGUUCUACCCUUCUGAUUAUGAACCCGGACUCCGACUCUGUCACUCCUGAAAACCGGCUUUUAUGCCGGCAGCAUUUUCUGUUCAGGUUGAAAGCUGGAUGUAUAGUUUUGGAAAUUUGAGGCCACUUGACUGUACAUGAUUUAAUUGUUAAUAUUUUUUUAGGGACCAAGGAAGAAGUCAGAUAGUCACGGUCAUAAUAGAUUUACGUGGCUCUUCAUGGAAAUCAGCAAAACCUUUGCUUAGAACAUUACAGGUGGGUUGAAAUGGUUGAUCAAGUUGGCCUUAAUUUUUGAAAAUCUUCCAGUUCUAUUACUCUGGUUUUUCUGGGCUUUAGAUCUAAGAAAAGUUGUAGAGACCCCCAAACCUGCAAACCCAUGGAAGGGAAGAAGCCCAGCCCAAAUAAAAUCACUUUUCAUUUAUCAGAACUGGCCAGUUAAUGGGAAGAAUCGACUGGUUCUAUUACCGAAAAUAUCAUGGCCAUAAGUUAUAGUUCCUAUACAGUUUUCAGAACUGCACAUACUAUUUGUGGGUGGAUCGAACUGAAUGGCCAUGCAGUUCUGACAAAGUGAUUACUAGUAGCUGGCUCUCAAAGAUUUUCCUACAAGUUGCAUGAUACAGGGGAACUCUGCCUUGUAACCAUUCUAUGAUCACUGAGCAGACAUUCUAUUGACCUGAAAACACUCAGUCUAAAGACCUGGUUGGAGGUUAAGGUCUCUGUGGAAAGGGUAUUUAAGAUAGUACAACUCAAAAUCUUGCACAUCGAUAAAAUGGCUUCCAACUGGCUCUAGAGGCGAAGAGACAGUAAAUAACAAAACACAGAUACAAGUUAAGUUAUUUUUAUCUCUAUUUUUUGUCAAAAAAUGGAAUUUAGGACAUAUUUUGUUUAUUUUCAUACACUCUCUUAUAAAUUCAAAGUCCAAUGAACUCCCACAGAGUUUGGGCUGCCUGUGUAUCCACCUUUUGAAUUAAUGGGGCUUAGAUUCUAAGGGAAUCUGUGUUAUCGACAGAUAGAAAUCAACUGAAAUGUUGAAAAUAAUAUUACAGUUCAAUGAUGCACCGACCUUUUGUUGUUGAUGUUGUCAUUGUUUUCUAGGACACAAUUCCUGAUAAAGUGCAUGAGGUGUACAUUAUUAAACCAGAUGCAUUCUGGGAAAAGAGGCGAUCAGGGUCUGGACUUAAGAAAGAACAAUCAAAUUUCGUUUUUGAGGUAAAAAAUAUAAAAAAGUAUUUUUUUAAACUUUGUCUCUAACUGUUAUGGUAAAGUAAAUCAACCAAUCAAUAUUUAAAGCAGUAAAGAACUAAACAGUAAAUAAUUAGAUUGGAAGUUUCAAGUGGGUAAGAGACAAUUAAAGUUGAGGAAAGCUUCAUUAUGGGGUGCAAUAAUGGCUACAUGUAACUUCUCCAUGUUUAAAGAUUAGAACCUGUGUAAUUUCCUCAACCCAGGUGUCCAGCCUUUUCUCUUUAAAUGAUUGCUUGGUUAUAAAGCAAUCAUUUUGUAUCAUUUGCUCUAAGCUAUUAUUUUGGUGCGAAUCCUGUCAUGUUUGAAUGGACUAUGGCCUUUUAGGUUAGUGUUAAAGACCCUUAAGUUCUGCUUUAAGAAAUAGUUUGAGAAUUCAUUAACAUACUUUUAAUAAAUUAAGACAAGAUAGAUAAGAUAACUUUAUUAUAUCACUUCAGGAUAUUGUAUCUCAAAUGAUACUUAAAAUCAUGUAAUAAAAACUGAAAAAUUUAUCACUUUAAAAAGCUAAGACAUAUUUAUGUACUGGUAUAUACAUGUAAAAAAAGAAAAAUAUCAAAAUUAUUAAAGAGUUGUGUAUUUUUUCAAAAUUGUGGUAGAAAGUUGGGGGUGCAACUUAUCUGUGAGUACUGUUUUUACAUGACUGUUUAUGAAUAAGACAGAACCCUGUUGGACAACCCAAUAAAAAAUCCUUUUGUGUUUUGUAGACCACAUUGUUGUCCUCAUCCAGUAAACUACACCAGUUUGCUGAAGAGAGUCAACUCACUCAGGAACUUGGUGGUACCUUACCAUACAAUCAUGACAGAUGGAUUGACACAAGAUUGGUAAGCAAUUUACUAAUUACAGUGCGACUACUAUAAUCAGGGCCACCUAAACAAAGUUCACCAAUCAGAUUACAGGAAAAUAACAAUACGUUCUGAGAAAGUUAGUUGUCAAUCAUAAUAACCAUGAAACAAAAUAAAAAACAUGGAUCGAUAUCAACCAAUUACAUGUACAACCUACAGAUGUGACCUUCUGCAAAAGAAAGCUGUGUCAAGAAAGUUGAAAGAAAAGUCUGAAAGCCUGAGAGGUCUGUUAGAGUGAAUGACAGAGGCAAAAAAUGAAAAUGUUUAAUAGUUAUAUUUUCUUCUUGAGUUUGCAUGUUAUUGCAAAGCAUGGCAAUUGUAGUGAAGAAAUUGCUGGUUGAUGACAAAAAAUCAGCUUUUGCCAAACAAAUACAGGGUGUUACAUGUAAGGUUUUGAAUAGAAAAGCGUGGGCAUAUGGAAAAGCCGGAAGCCGGAAUCCGGAAUCCAGAACCGGAGCCGGAAACGGAACGGGAACCGGAACCGGAACUUAAAUUGAGACAGCACUGAAACCAGUUCCCGAUACCCAGGUGGGAAUAAAAUUCAAGAUGGCAUCCUCUGUUAUCAUUGUUUUGAGAAAUUUUCAGCACAGUGAUUGUGAUACCAAUGGUUACUCACAUUCGGAAAGUGACUUGCAAAAAAAAAGGUAAGUGCAUCCUACUGUUAUUCCUAGCAGUCAUAAACUGUGACUGCAGCUGUAGGUCGAGCAAUUUUUGACAGAUCGAGACUACAACUAAUCAGAAGCCGAUUGACUGCGAAAAACAGCCAUUAUUAGUAUGUGAUGUUUAAGACCGCUGUGUUAUUCAUUUCCUUCUCUUGAGCCUAAGUUACUCAUUUCUUAAAAGCCCUCCGUGUUUCAACCAUUGUGAGGAAAAGGCGGCAAAGGGAGGAGGAGUACUUAUGUCAAUCAUGAUCCCAAGUUACAACACUCAAGUGUAUAUGAAAUUUUCAAAGAAAAAUUUUGUGCCGUACGCAAAAAAUGCAACAGUAAAAAAUACAAUAACAAUAAAAAAUAUAAUGUGGGGAUGAAAAGUCUAGAUCGAGCAAUAAUAAUUGUUAGUGACACUCUUAAGACAGAAACGUCUCUCAAGUUUUAUUUCUUAGGUUCCGGUUCCGGUUCCGUUUCCGUUUCCGGCUUGGCUCCGGAUUUCGGAUUCCAGAUUCUGGCUUUUCCAUACGCCCGAAAAGCGUUGUCUGGUGAAACAUUUUGCUUUCUUGAAAAAUGUUUGCUAUCAAUAUUUUUGUGCUUUGAAUAACUUAAGGUUUUUAUGACCUUCUGAUUGGCUCACAAUCAAAUUUCUUGCAAUGUUUUGUUAUUCUCCAAUCAUCUGAUUGGUCAAUUUUGUCUAAGUGGCCCCUGUUAUAGCAGUCGCACUUUAAGUGAUGUCGAUCAAUAAUACAAUAAUAUUGAACUGUGAUGUACAUCCACCCCUUGUAUGUGUACACCUCUCAAAAGAGACCACUUGAUCUAAAAUAUCUCAUUUUAACUUUUUCCCAGUCAAAGCUCUUUUAACCAGUACCAAGGGUGGCCAACAUCAAUAAAUUAUUCUCUCCUGACAAUAUCAAUACAUAAUCAAGAAAAAGUUCCUGAGAAUUAAUUAAGGGAAAAUGCUUUAUCUAUUACAUGUAUUUAAUUCUCCCAAGUACGCUAAUGUAAUUCUGUAAGGAAAUGUACAGUAUAGAGACCAGCCUGGAGCAUUAAUAGACCUUUUUACUGAUACUGCAGCCAUAUUGAAUUAAUUAGUUUUAAGGAGUAUUAUUGGAUGCCCAGCAGGCAUGAGCACAAUCAGGUAUGUACUUGCCCACUAUUUAUGUGCGCUUUUUGGGCCAAUUUUUCUUUACGUUUUCCCAGAAAAAGGUUGUAAUGGGAAAAAAGAUCGUUGUGCCGUGGUUGGAUGCAAUAAUGAUUGCCUUGUUCUCAAGAAAUAUACAUUGAAGUUCUCUUUUUGCCCGAAAAGCGUGCGUAAAUACUGAGCGAGUGCCCCCUGGGCAUCCCAUAAUACUCCUUAAAUCUAAUAAAUUCAAUAUGGCUGCCAUAUCGGUAAAAAGGUCUAUUUGUAAGCACAUAUGGGGCUUUGAACUGUUCAUCAGCACCAUCUCCUGCAAGCAUAUGCUAAAUUUUUGCAUUUUGCCUUGUCACAUAAGGGAUGUUUGUCUGAUUGUGUGAUGCCAGCAGGCUUGAACUACCCAUAUUGUAGUUUUAUUGUUAAUUUUGUCAGUUUUCAGUUAGCAUUAGUGUAUUCUUGUUGUGUCAAGAAUUUUUUGAAGUCUUUGUAAAGUGGUGCACAAUUCUUGUUGUGUCAAUAAUUUUUUGAAGUCUUUGUAAAAUGUUGAUACUGUAUUUUUCUUAAUUUUGUAGUUUCUGGUGGGUGGGGUAGGGGAAUUUUUUGCCAUUGCAUAAGCCGGGUUUUCUCAUUUGUUGCUUUCUUCUUGGAUUUUUUCUUAAUUCAAAGAUACUAUGUACAUUCCUUAAUUUUUCAUCACCAAGAUGAACAUUUCUUCUCAGUUCUGUAAUUGAUAUAUAUAACAUGUAAUGUUGAAGGAAACAUUCAGAUAUCUUUAUAGACAUAGCUCUGUAACCUGUCUUCAAAAUGAAGUAGCGCAAAGUCAUUGUGACGUGGCCCUUUGUGGGUACAUGUAUAUUACAGUGAGGAAAAACCUUUGCUUUCCUCUGUAGGAAAUUGACAGGCUUUCAGAUGAUGCCAUCUCUGUAAAUGAAAAAUUUGAUGAACUGGAACAACACCUUGACACCCACCGGCUGGGUAUGAACCUUCAAGAGACAGACGCUCUCAUUCAAGAGCAUAAAACAAAAAGGGCUGUCCUUGACAGUGUUGGAAAUCCCCUUAUACAGAGAGGAGAACAUCUGAUAAGCUCAAUAAAAGCCAAUGAACCUCCAGUUCCACCCAGCCAGAAUUUCCCAGGAAGUCCUGCAUUGGCACCAAGCCAAGAGCUCCAGCAGGUUGAGAGAAUCGUCACACAGCUUACACACAGAUGCAAUCAGCUGACUGAUAUGUGGGAAAAGAGAUGGAAAGAGUUGAUACAGUGUAUGGAUUUGCGUGAGUUUGAAGCUGGUUAUAAAAAGGUAAAGCAUCUUCAUGGUGCUGUUGUUGUGAUUUUUUUCAAACGUUGUCACUUUUUCAGACUUCAGCACUCAGUUUGAAUAAGGGUGCAUUCAAUUCGGAAAUGUGAAUCUAGAUUUUAAAAACAUGAUUUUCGUUAAAAACAGAAGAGAGGAAAUGCCCCCUUUCCCUCCCUAUACCUAGGUCGCAUUUCGCACAACAAUUUUCUCCAUUUUUCCCCACUAAGGAGCCUGCAUGAUCCCAGGCUAGGGAAACAUAAAAGGGAAAUUUGUUCCAGUCAGUGACAGAGCCUUCUCAAGAAAGAAUAUAUGCAUUUACAAUGCCUUUGUGUUUAUUAUUCUGUAGGUGAUUGACUGGGUCUUUGGAUCAGGUGAAGCUUAUUUAUCAACAUCAAGAGACAUUGGUGACUCUGUCAUUACCUGUGAGAUUUUAAGAAAAGAACAUGAGGAAUUUGAGUUAAAUGCCAGGGUAGGUUUACCUUUAUUUGCAUUAAUUUUUUAAGUUGAGACUUUCGUAGCCCUCAUCAUGUACAAUGUAUAUGCCCUUGAAAAAGUGGCAAACCCACCUCCCUUUGUAGAAUGAAUUUCGAAGUACUAGCCUGUGUACAGACCCCCCCUCCCCUCAGAAAAAAAUGCCCCUUCUGUGAUUUUUUUUUGAGGGGAGGGGGUGGGUCUGUACACAGGCUGUGAAGUAAAUGUAAAGUUCGACCAACUUGUCAGUGGUUAGUUUUAUUGAUCUUUGGAUGCAAAACUGCGAUAUUUACAUUAAACCCAAUGGCCCUUAGAGAAUUUUAUGAAGUAUGCAAACUAAGCAUAACAGUCUUCAGCCAGACAGCCACUGAUUUCUCACCACAGUCACAGAGGAGUCCACCUUAUUGAGAUGACUGAAAUGCAGUUAAGACCAGCAGGAAAAAGAGGGAGGGCUUUAUGGAGAAUUGUUAAGUUGUAGCCAAGCAAGUGAGAGUCAACAGAGACUUAAUAAGUAACUGCUGAUGUCUGCCUUGUUCUUCUUGAAGUGGCGGGGGGCAGAGUGUUAUUUUAUUUUCUUUUUGAUCGAUGCAUAUCAACGGGAAGUGGACUUUUUUGUAUUUGCUUGCGCAGUGGCUUUCAGGCCUAUCGUCUCUAUAAGAGAAAACACACUUAGCAAUGCAAAUUUGGUAGCAUCAAGGCAACUCAAGGCAUAUGAACAGGAGAUUGGCAUCACUUCCGGUUGACUUGUUUUGUUCAGAAACACCAUUACUUAAACACCCACUGUGGCUAUCUAAAUUUAGUCAUUUACAAAUUCAAGUGUUCGCCUCACAGGGUUGUUCACUUUGGAUUCUAAAUGUUAUUGACUAUGUCGCUCAAUUGCAGGAGGUGAUUAAUCACUUUGCUCAGGUCCGUGAACUGGCAAAGAAAAUGCUACAAGAGAAUCAUUAUGCAUCCAAAGAUAUUAAAACUCAGAAGGAAUUCCUGGACAGAGGCUGUCGCAGUUUUGCUAUGCGUAUGAACAGAAGGAGAGACAUCAUUCUGACGUCACUGAGGUUUCAUAAGAGUGCCGGAGAGGUAUGGUACUAUGAUUGCUUGUAAUGUUUUUUUAAAUGGCAGCGGAUUGAUGUCAUUAGGUUGGAAAGCACUUCAGCCAAUGUCAUUGAAAACUACCGAAAUGGUUCAGGCACUUGAAGUGUCUGCUGUGGGAUCAUCCAGCGAUGAGAGCCUUACGUUCCUGUUAUUUUAAAGCACAUAGAAGGCUCAGAAGAAGAUAUAAUAAAUUUGUUUAAUAUCAGCUUUAAUAGAGCGGUUUUCACUUGACUGUCGUAAAAGCAAAACCAAAGUAAAUACACUAGCCAACCAAAGGGCGUAGUAAAACCAAAACCAAAAUCAAAACCAAUUACUUUCGACAGUCAAGUGAAAACCGCUCUAUUGUAAAGUGAGACUGAAGCCACACAGCUCAAAAUUUCUAAGUGCUAGUUGAUGACGAUGAUUGACGACGCUGACAGUUUUGAUCGGCGUGGUGGCAAGAAAAAAGCAGACUGGUUCGGAGCCGUUAACGGACUGAUCAUUGUCCUUUUUGUGACCGUCAAGAAGGAUCUCUCUCAGUCUUCGAGAUUUUUAUCACCAGUUGUGAAACGAAAUAAAACGAGUCAAGGUCUGCUAUUUCUUCGCUAAGAAUAUCACUUUAGGCAAAAAGGUUUACGGUCAAGUCGCUAGAAAGUCAUCUCGCCCCAAAUUUUUAGUUAAAGCGCCCAAAAUGCCAAGUUCUGUCGCCUGAAAUUUUAUUUUACUCAACAACAUCCUAACAUCUUCAUCGCGCUUGUUUCGUUUUAUCGAGGCUUAAAGAACGAGAUAUUCAUCCCGCUUGUUUCGUCUCGUCCCCGCAUAAAGAACAUGAUAAUCACAUCCAUCUCACUUGUUUCGUCUCAGUAUCGCUUAAAGUACUAGAAAUUUUCCAUACACUUUACGGGCGACAUAACUCAGCAUUUCGGGAGACUUAAGUAAAAGUGUCGGGCGACAUAACUCUUGUCUCAGGCGAGAUGACUUUCGGGCGACUUGACCGGUUACCAGCAAAAAGCGUGGUUGAAUUGCCCUAUCAGAUCAUGAUCAGCAAUAACUUACAUGUACUUGCCUGCAUCACGAACGAAACUAAAAUGUACUUAUUAUAUAAAAGAAGAUCAUCGCAGUUAUACACGCCCCUUUUGCAGCUGCGAAAAGAAAGCCUGAAAAAAAUUCAGGCUUGUACGGGAUUCGAAGCCUUGACCUCUGUGAUAUCAGUGCAGCGCUCUACCAAUUGAGCUAACAAGCCAACUGGAAGCAGGUCGUUGAAUUGGUUUGUUAUAAACCCAUGAAAGGAUGAUGAUGAAGUUAUGAAUAUAUGAAAAUCAUAUAUGAGAACUGCGGGGUGAAGAAUUAUUUGAAAAUUUACUUUCGUCCUUAAUUUUAUUUCUGUUUCAGUGCUCGGUCCACCUAGAUGACUUGUUCGAAUUGCUAUGUUCUGACUCAGUUCUCUUGUACGACUACGAAACUGCGGAGAGCAUGCUCAAAACACUUGAAGAGAAAGCUGAAGGUAAGACUUUGACCAUUUUCAUGGAAGCACUUAAAGUAAAGUCCUUAUUGCACGUGCACGCGAAAGUAUCAUAAGUUGUGAAAUGAUAGUGUUGGACCCUGUGGGAAAAGAAAUUGGCUUUAGUAAUUUCAAUCAUUUUUGCUUAGUUAACAACGGGCUUUUUGUAUUAGCAACAACUCGCAACAAACUAGGCAACUUGCUGCAAGGGACUCUCGCCUCGUUGCAACGCUCUGUUGCUUUCGGAGUACUUCAAAUUGUCUAGUCAUUUUAUUAUUGACAUUUGAAGUGAUAUCACCGUUCAGAGCCAGUAAGAGUCGUACUGUGCACGUUCUGAUUGGUUUAAUACCUUUUUGCUUUAGGCUGUUCCUUGGAAAUGUGAGUUUUAAUUUCGAAAUUUUUAUUUCAUUACAAAAAUGUCUGCCAAUGUCUACACAAGUUUCGGUAAUUACGGUAACAAUUAUGGAAGGUUAGGAGCUUUGGAAACACUUGCCUCCCACGCGCCAUUGUAAAGUUUUCUCCUGACCUCCUCUGUUUUGGGCUUCCGUGGAAUUGGCCCUUUAAAACACAAUAAUGGUAUUCCCUAGAUUAUAGAAUGAUAACACCGACGUUGCUUUGACGGACAUUCACGUAAUCCCCCCUAUGUCUUUCGCUUCUCAACCUUUCAGAACUUCCACCUCCCGCUCUUUCCUCCCCUGCUUCUCCUACCCCUUCUGUUCCCUUUUUUCCCGGGCUCCCACCCCUUAUUUUCGCCAAACUUCUUAAUAACCCUGUCUUUAACAUACCAGCGGUCAAUUUAAUACAAUUUUUACAAGUGUAAUUUACAAUUGUAGCUAUUGUUUUAGUUUUUGGAAACAAUAGCUAAAUUACACUCGUAAACGUUUUUUUUUUAAAUUGACCCCUGGACUGCAUCCCAACUUUAGUGAAGUGGGUGCGCUUGGAAAGGCUCCUCAAUAGUUAUUUCCCAAACCUGAUGCGUCUUAUGUUUCUUCUUUAGCUGUAGCUGUAUCAUCAGAAGAAACUCUGCGAGAUGCUCUGGCCGCUCAAGAACUGAUGACUAGUCCGGUUGUUGACAUGCGCGGCGAUGACGUUACUCCCGACUACAGCAAGGGUACUGCGCAUGUGCGGCUUACACUGGACGAACUCAGGGAACGAAAGCUGCGCACAGACGAACUAUGUGAUGUGCGCAGAAUAAAACUACAACAACUGCUGCAGCUUAAACAAAGCGAAAGGGAUGCUGAACAGGUAAUAGCAGGCGGGGAAGCGAUUGCGAAAUUGUGUAAUUUGUGAAGGCUGAGUUAACCACUCUUUUGCCUCUUUGUUCUUUAUUACUUAUGUCACAUUAGAGUGGUUUUCGUUUGAGUGUCGUAAAACCAAAACCAAAGUAAUUACUCUGGCCAAUCACAUAGGACACAGACAAUACAUUGAACCAAUCAAAACUCGAAGUAAUUACGUGUGGCUGACGCAAAGCGCGGAAAAAUGCAUGCGAGCGCGUCACAAUUGGCUUUGGUUUUACUUCUGAUUGGAUGAAAAGGUGGCGCGAAUCUUUUAAGCCAAUCGCAUCGUGUAGAAAGUGCAAAACCAAUUACUUUUCGACACUCAAAUGAAAACCGCUCUAACAAGUAAAUGAUCACCAGGUUUUUAUUACCUCAAUUUCUCGAUACACUGCACUAAUUGUGGUCUCCCUGGGGGUUUUCGGAAGCAUUCGUCUUUGCUCGUUUUAGUGUGACCAUACGGCCAAACGUACAGAAAUGAUGGUCAGGUAUUAAUGUCACUGUUUCUUAGGCGACAGCAUGGAUAAGCCAGCUUCGUGACGCGACAGAACACAACCUGGGAGAUGUGGGGCGGAAUGCAGAAGAUGUAGAAGGACUGCAACAAGAGCAUGAAAAACUCGAGGCCACAUCCAGGGUAAGAUAGGAGGGGUGGGUAAGAAGUAGAGCGGUUAUCACUUGAGGGUGUCAAACGCGUGUGCUAAAUUUCAUACGCCACUUUCUUAAUCAAUCAAAAGCCGGUUAAAGUGAUUUUUUUGAGGUGCUGUACAUUUUGUGAGAGGCAAAUAUUCGAUAUACAAACCACACAUAACCCAGUCAGUGAAACGUUGUUAAGACAAGAACCACUGAAAGGAAAUACAAAGAUGUUUCCAUUCAAACUAGUGUUUAUCAAUACCGAUUUUAAGACUCGACUCUUUGUUGGUCAACAAUUUGGAGGCCUGGCUCCCCCGUCUCCUUCUCUUCAAAUCCUUUGGACACAGAUAUUUCAGGCGUUUUGAAGUUGCUCGUAUCGCAGGCUCGGUGUUGUGUCAAAUUGCAUCUUGGGUUUGUUUUUUUGGAGGGAGACGCUAUUCAGCUUUUAUAGACCUUAUUCACGAUGUCCGCCAUCUUUACCCGCGCUUUAGGAUUGAUGGGAUAAAAGCAAGGUCACGUGGUUCAUUAGCCUGCGCCACGGACGAAACUAAACUCUGGUUAAAGGGGCUGUGUCACGGCAGCCCAGUUCAUUUUGUUUAAUUUUGCGAAUUACUCGCCCUCAAUCGCUAUGGAACUUAAAGUUAGCAAAGAAAUUACACGUAAAUGACAAAAUCAGAGAUCUGAUACAAACAAAUAUGUCUCCUGAGCAUUACUGUUUUGAAGUUGCAAGCAGCAGGUAUCAACUUUGAAAAACUGUUAGGCUUAACAAUCCUUUUCAAUCUUCUUCAGUUUUGCCUAUACGUGGAAUCUGUUGUCUCUGUUAUGUUAUUUUGACCUUCCUUUAGACUUUUAAGCGGUUAUUUUUAUGUUUCUCGUAAUUUAACGGGCAUUUUGUAACUUCCUAAUUUGGCUGAAUUUCGUGACAUACAAUCAGGGACAAAAGUAGUUGACACACUUGUUUAAAACGGGUGCUUUUAGCAAACAUUUAAUUCAUCUAUUAUUUCAUUCUUUUUAAACGCCGUAAAUCCCCUCACCCCCCGAAUCAAUGUUGUCUGAAGUAAAAAAAAGACUUGAGGGUCCAAAAUUCAACAUUGAUUUUGGGGGGGAAGGGGUUGGGGUAGACAGGGGAAUGGGAUAAGUAUAUCCACUAUGCAAAAAGGGGCCAUUUUACGGAAGUGUGCCAACACUUUUGUCCCUCAUUGUCUGAAUGCAAAAUUGUGCUACUGCACACAAGUUGAGCCGUGCAUGACACUGAUUUUAACUGAAAUUAAAGAAAUCAAAGACAUAAUUAUGUUAUUGGUGGUGGGGGUGACAUUGACUUAUUCACGACCGAAUUAUAGGGCCAAUUGGAAUUACGUGAUGACGUAAUAAAAGGGCUGCGAUAUCCAGAAUUAACGUCGAUAUGGUUUACAAGCUAAAAACUAACGCUGAAACUCGCGCACAUGUACAACUUUUGAUGAAUUUCAAGGGUACGCGUACUGAAAAUGUUUUUAAUAAAGUGAAUAUUUCUCGUUCUUCACUUUAUCCGAUGGUUAAGGCGCAAACAAUCACGGGUAGGGUAAGGAUUGACACGUAGUGGGGAUAGUCACUGGCCGGCCACGGAAAUAUGGAGCGUUAGUGCGGAGCGGCCGUCACUGCGUUCAAUAUCGAAACUACGGAAAAGUGAAGGUAAAUUCAUGGCCAAUUCAAUAAAAAACUAAGGACAGCGUAGCAAACAUUGCAAGUGUCCACGAAAACAAUUACUUUCAAUCCCACCUCGUGACACCAUGAGUGACAUGAUAACGCAACGCAAAUAGCGUGACAUGAGCGCAUAUGUCUGUGUAUUUGGACUGUAUUUCUCAAGCGAAACCCUGUGUUUUUGUCUAUUGUCGGCAGAGAAAAUGAAAAGAGAGCUUUGAAACGUGAACUGGUAUUUGACUCUCAAAGAAAACGACAGCUCAAACUGAGGAAAACACUGCUUCCUUCGUGUUACAACGGUUAACCACGUUUCGGAAAACGAAAAGUAAAAUGAGUCUGUUAUGACCUCUUAAUGUCCAUAUGUAUUCUCGUGGUUAACCGUUGAAACUCCUUAUUUGCACCACAUCGCUGGAAUUUUUCUUGCCAAGAAUACGUAUUGCGAAGUACUUUCUACAUAGCGGAAUCUUCUUUUGCCUUUCGUGAGGAAUUAGCGCAUAAAAAAGGAAAAUUUUCCAGCGCACGGCCGUCAUUGAUCACAUGUUAUCCCGCUUUCCUUGUCAUCAAGUGAACUUCUGGGCAAAAGUAAUUGCUGUUUUGGCGAUGACGCAAACUGGUGUGUCUAUCUUGAAAACAAUUUCUUUGGUAUUCUGUGAUUUACGAGCUGGGAAAUGAAAUAGUUGUCCAUCCAACAUCAAUAAAAAAAUUAUGCCACUGAAUAAAUGGCAGGCGGUCAUCUAAAAUCAUUACAAAAGUACAUUCCAAAACCUGGUCUAACCUGUUCGACGCCUACCUACGCUAAAGGUUUGGAUCACUUAGGUUUGAAAAGGUCUCCAAAAAAAACACACAUCUAUAUAUAGGACAUAGCACAAACGGCUGGCCCAUCAUUUAUGAGGUUCAUAACCUGUAUAUUGUUCACGUCCUUUCACUAAUGGCACAAGUCAAUGUCAAAAAUAAUGCAUGUCCCCUCAGUUACUCUGCAGUACUUCAUUCGCUUAAGUUAAUCAUUUACCAGAACAAUUUCCAUUGCACCUUAGUGUUUCCAUCCUUUUUCCACUAUUGAUAAUACUUGUGAAAACAUUACAUCCGCUGCAACGGCAUUGAUCAUAACACAAAUGAUUUCCUCUCGACCCCACAGGGUAUCAGGAACGCGCGCGGAAGUACAAGAUUAAGUGAUGACAUACGCUUCGUACAUUUUACUCUACGUAUACUACAAAUCAGGACGAAACUUUACAAAUUGUUGUUUCUAAAAAAAACAAUUUGGCCCAUAGAGUAACGUCAUCGCACAAAAAUUCAGCAGCGUCAAAAAUCUAGCCGGAAAACACAGAUACAUAUUUCAGACAAUCAGGGACAAAAGUAGUUGACACACUUGUUUAAAACGGGUGCUUUUAGCAAACAUUUAAUUCAUCUAUUAUUUCAUUCUUUUUAAACGCCGUAAAUCCCCUCACCCCCCGAAUCAAUGUUGUCUGAAGUAAAAAAAAGACUUGAGGGUCCAAAAUUCAACAUUGAUUUUGGGGGGGAAGGGGUUGGGGUAGACAGGGGAAUGGGAUAAGUAUAUCCACUAUGCAAAAAGGGGCCAUUUUACGGAAGUGUGCCAACACUUUUGUCCCUCAUUGUAGCUCCUUUAUUUCCGUCUGCGAAACAGCUCUGAAAUCCUUGUUCUGGGCCCCCACCUGUGUACCAGGAUUUGUACCAGGAUAGUCGAUUGGUCAAUCAAGAUGAAAGGAAAUUCGAAACGCCCUUCCGGUAAUCUGUUAAGUCCAUUGGGGGCCCAGAACAACGAUCUCGGCGCUGCUUCGAUUCGCAGACGUUACUUACCGAGGUUAAAUUACGUGUACGACGCAGGCGCUAGUAGUUCAUGUAUUUCGGGGAAAACAAGCGACUAAUUAGCCAAUACGAGAAAUCGCUGUCGAGUUUUUUUAUUCUCUCAAGAGUCUUCAAAGAGUACAGUUCGAGUUUCGGCAAGUUCUGUGUUAUUAUUUCUUGCUGCGAGGAUAUCUACGGUCGCCACUGUAUCCAAAAAAGUGCCACGAUCACCUCCACCCAUAAUUUGCCAUUUCUGUUCUCUAGAAUAAACAAACUCGAUCGUGAUUUCUUGUACUGGCAGACUUUGUCACUCGUUUGUCCCUGAGAAAAUCACGUGACUUCGCUUUUAUCCCAUCAGCCCUUAAGCGCGUUCAAAGAUGGCGAGUAUCGUGAAUGAGGUCUAUGGGCUACACGACAUUGCGCAGGUCAAAAUUUGUAUCUACAAAACAGUCCCAACUCCCACAAUGUAGACCGACAAAACACCGACCAUGCGCAGCUUCCAGAUGGCCAAUACAAGGCUCCAAUCUUUAUACACUUUAUACACUUAUACACUUUAUUAUUAUUAUUAACAAGCUACAUUUACAUAUAGUCCAUUUCCGCCCGCAAAUAGCAGGUGCUAGUCGAGGCGGGCGGAGAUAAUAGGUACAGCAGUCAGUAACAAAUAAAUAAAGUAUUGAAAAUUUUUUUACACUGUGAUUUAUUACAAUUAGUGUGACCAUACGGCCAAACGUACAGAAAUGAUGGUCAGGUAUUAAUGUCACUGUUUCUUAGGCGACAGCAUGGAUAAGCCAGCUUCGUGACGCGACAGAACACAACCUGGGAGAUGUGGGGCGGAAUUCAGAAGAUGUAGAAGGACUGCAACAAGAGCAUGAAAAACUCGAGGCCACAUCCAGGGUAAGAUAGGAGGGGUGGGUAAGUAGUAGAGCGGUUAUCACUUGAGGGUGUCAAACGCGUGUGCUAAAUUUCAUACGCCACUUUCUUAAUCAAUCAAAAGCCGGUUGUAGUGAUUUUUUUGAGGUGCUUCACAUUUUGUGACAGGCAAAUAUUCGAUAUACAAACUACACGUAACCCAGUCAGUGAAACGUUGUUAAGACAAGAACCACUGAAAGGAAAUACAAAGAUGUUUCCAUUCAAACUAGUUUUGCGUUUUUCUUCCUAUUAUUAGUAGAAUUCAGAGGCCUGAUCCAUACAGUGUUUAUCACUACCGAUUUUAAGACUCGACUCUUUUUUGGUCAUCAAUUUGGAGGUCUGACUCCCCCGUCUCCUUCUCUUCAAAUCCUUUGCACACAGAUAUUUCAGGCCUUUUGAAGUUGCUCGUAUCGCAGGCUCUGUGUUGUGUCAAAUUGCCUCUUGCGACUGUUUUUUGGAGGGGGACGCUAUUGCUUUUAUAGACCUUAUUCACGAUGUCCGCCAUCUUUGCCCGCGCUUGAGGAUUGAUGGGAUAAAAGCAAUGUCACGUGGUUCAUUAGCCUGCGCCACAGACGAAAUUAAACUCUGGUUAAAGGGGCUGUGUGACGGCAGUCCAGUUCAUUUUGUUUAAUUUUGCCAAUUACUCGCCCUCAAUAGCUAUGGAACUUAAAGUAAGCAAAGAAAUUACAUGUAAAUGACAAAAUCAGAGAUCCGAGACAAACAAAUGUGUCUCCUGAACGUUAUUUUUGAACUUGCAAGCAGCAGGGAUCAACUUUGAAAAACUGUUAGGCUGAACAGUUUUCAAAAACCCUUAUUUCAAUCCGUUUCAAUCUUCUUCAGUUUUGCCUACACGUGGAAUCUGUUGUUUAUGUUAUGUUAUUUUAACCUUCCUUUAGCGGUUAUUUUUAUGUUUCUCGUAAUUUAACGGGCGUUUUGUAAGUUCCUAAUUUGGCUGAAUUUCGUGCCACAGCUCCUUUAAGUCCGUCUGCGAAACAGUGCUGAAAUCUUUGUUCUGGGCCCCCACCUGUGUACCAGGAUUUGAGUAUGCGCCGUGAUUGGCCUGUGAAAAAAGCCAUAGUCGAUUGGUCAAUUAAGAUGAAAGGAAAGUCAAAACGCCCUUCUGGUAAUCUGUUGAGUCUGUUGGGGGCCCAGAACAAGGAUCUCGACGCUGCUUCGAUUCGCAGACGUUACUUACCGAGGUUAAAUUACGUGUACGACGCAGGCGCUAGUGGUUUAUGUAUUUCGGGGGGAAACAAGCGACAAAUUAGCCAAUACAAGAAGUCGUUGUCGAGUUUGUUUAUUCUCUCAAGAGUCUUCAAAGAGUACAGUUCGAGUUUCGGCUAGUUCUGUGUUAUUAUUUCUUGCUGCGAGGACAUCUACGGUCGCUACUGUAUCCAAAAAAGUGCCACUAUCACUUCCACCAAGUAUUACCCCUUCCACCCAUAAUUUGCCAUUUCUGUUGUCUAGAAUAAACAAACUCGAUUCUUGUACUGGAAGACUUUAUCACUCGUUUGUCCCCUGAGAAACCACGUGACUUCGCUUUUAUCCCAUCAGCCCUUAAGCGCGUUCAAAGAUGGCGAGUAUCGUGAACGAGGUCUAUGGGCUAUCACGACAUUGCGCAGGACAUGAGGUCAAAAUUUGUAUCUACAAAACAGUCCCAACUCCCAUAAUGUAUACCGACAAAACACCGACCAUGCGCAGCUUCCAGAUGGCCAAUACAAGGCUCCAAUCUCUGGAUUGUUACAAACGUAUUGAAAAAUUUUUUACACUGUGAUUUAUUACAGAGCACGUAUGAUUAUGGGCGACAGUUUCUUCAAGCUUCGUUAGUUCUUCGCCGAACAUGCCGCUAUGAACUGUCACCAAACUACGAAAUGGAGGAGAAAUUGAACAACGCGUGGAGUGACUUCUCAUCUGUCAUGGCAGAACGAGGCGCCAGGUUAUCUGUGGCGCUCAUGUUUCAUCGGAGCGCUGAAAAGGUUAGAACGAUCAUCAUCCAACUUCUCCUUGCAAUUGUCCUGUCAUUUAGAUUGGUGGUGAGAAAUUUAAAAUCUCUUGGGAGGUUACCCGUUUAUGCAUUAACCGGCCCCAACCACACCAAUGAAACCUUGUUCCACAAACCACAUGUGACGUAACAAGCUUUAAACAUUCAAAGAUAAUUUUGACGUUCAGCUUGCUAGAGGCUAGAGAAGCAGUGGUCUUCCAAACAAAGUCCAAGCCUGCGCCAUUCGAUCAAACACGCCAGAGGUACGCCAAAAAACUCGGCUAACUUUCAGCGUGAUGAAUUAAGGAAUAAGAAAAGCUAAAACCAAAGCAAAAGGAAAACCUGAGCUAGCAAUUUACCUUCCUUGUCGAAAGAUUUCAAAGCUAUCUAUGUGUAUGAUCGAACCUCGACAGCUUUAUUUUCGACCAGGAACGAGAGCUAGAGUUUUACAUAAUCUGACGCUAUGCAUAAUUUUUGGUAAAAUUAGUAGCUAAGUCCAUUGAGACGUAAUUUCUUUUAAUUCCAGUUGGUUCAACAAAUUGAGGAGCUUAGGGAUGCAUACCUGAACGAGGAACUUCCAGAAGACCUUACAGCUGCAGCCGUGGAACAAGAAAUCAGUCGACACUCUGACACCAGGCAUGCGAUCGACAAAGAAUACGCCGAGACAGUUGCCAUGGGAAAAGCGUUGAUUGACAGAAUGCAAUUGCCUCCUCUCUAUGGUGAAGACGGGGAGCCCAAUCGUCCACCCCACCUCUUAGAAGAAUGUCUCAUGGACUUGGAAGAUAGAAAGAUCGCGUGGGAGAGGGUGUGGAAAGAUCGAGACGAGAGAUUACAUCACUGGUUGAAGCUCGGGGAUUAUGAACAAGAAAUAAACGAGGUAGAAGCAAGUUGUUGAAAUAUUAAUGCGCAGACAUUGUUACAGUCAGACCUGCACUGAUCAGACUAAGAGUAUUCCCUUAUUUUCCUUAGAGAUAGCAGAGCGAAAAUCACCAGCCGCGAGCAACGUGUCACGCAUCUCCUCGCGCGUGGCAAUUUUCACUUGCGCUUGCGUCCUAUUUCUAUCCUUUACACUAUCUUUACACUUUGCACCACCCGAACUUGUGUUUGGACAUGAGUUUGGACAUGAAUAUUUUACUGUGUUGACUGUUGUUGUCAACAAAACACUGUGAUGUCGUUUCUUUCCUUCUUUAAGCUGCUCCAGUGGGUAAAGGACAGAACUAACGAAACCGAAGAAAACCGACACCGGAUCGGUGAAAAUCUGGCCGAGGCUGAAGCACUCUCCGCGGAUCUCCAGGAACUGGAGGCGAGGCUAAAGGUUUGUGUUGCCCGCAAUGCAUUGUUUGGAGAAGACGGGCGAGUUCAUCGUGACCACACUGCUUACAUUUAGGUUCAUAAGCAUAAUAGUUUACCCAAACAAGCUGUCGCGGUAACUAAAGUAAUGUGAGAUGGUAGUUGUCGCAAUCGCAGCUGUCAUGUACCACUGAAUUGCUGGGUAGCAAAAAAUGCUAAUUGAAAAAUGCCACGAGUUUUUCAAGCCAAUCUUUUCGACUAGUAUCUAGUAUAUUGGAGUAAUUCUAAUUGAUCUUAUAAUUUUGUUCAGAGCUGCCAUUUAUUAAGCUUGAUCAGAGAACGAUGAGUGUAUGGUAUCAAGGCAAAACCUGCCUAAGGAUUGUGGGUAUCAUUGCGGAACAAUAUGAUUCUUUUUAAAGGAAAAGGGUAUCUAUAGUCCAAGACGCGUAUCCCUUCCAAUUUUAUGCGAGUUCCUCCACCCUAACGUCCAUAUUUUGAGAGACAAGUCAAUUCAAAAGGCCGUAGAUAACGAGGAUAGCAAAGAGUCGCCCUGUAGCGUAGCAUCGGGUUUUUACUCGGAAAAAGCGAAGAAAAGAGCUGAUGUAAGAACCAAUAGUUACGUUUAUCAUAAACAACAGUGUUGUAGUUAAUUUUUUAUCUCACGUAAUUUUUAUUUUUCUUUUGUUUAAACUUUACCCAAAAGCAAAAGAAAAACAACAAUUACCUGAGAUAAUAUAUUAACUACAACAUUUAUACUUCCUCAAAACCACCUUUUAUCGCACUUGAUCAUUCUGUUACGAGGUACAUGUAGGCUCUCGACAACUAUCAAAACUAAGUUGAAACCCCUUUCCCGAAAAUAAUGUUGUUUAAAUGGCUGUGGCUAGAGCCCAUUUCUGAAUCAACUUAUCAUAAGGGUUGGGCGAAAUGAGAAGCAAUUUUCGUGAAUAAUCUAUAAAGCCUUGCUAUUUUGGAUAAAGUAUCAUUUUUAUGGCGUUUUCUUUCCGAUUUUCUGGAAUCCCUUUCUAUGUCUUUGACGAGUGCUAUUCAGUUCGCCACAGUGGCACACAUUGAAGUAAACAUGACGUUGUACUAUUGUAUCAGUCAACUCGAUCUCGAGAAGACAGUUCGCAUAGAGUUUCUCCCUGGCGGGAACUCCCAUAGGAUGCUUGUCGCCUUGCCCAGGGGUGUAAAGUUGCAUCUCCGUCUCUUUCAUAUAAGAGUUUCCUCGCCAAUUUGACCUGCAUUAAACUUAGGGGCGAAUAAUAAAGAGGUUCUUGCGCUGCUGAAAUGUAUAAAAAACGCCAGGGACGUGUGAUAGACAAACAGUUAGGUACCUUAAGCAACGACGACGGCGACACCAAGGAGAGCGGCGAAAAAGCCAUACGUUUAGAUUGGCAAAACAACAACUUUGCACGUGCAUCACUCUUUUUUGUACAUUUCUUUACAGUCGUUGCAUGACGACGACGGGAAACCUCCUAAUUUCACGUUUUACGGCGGACGUGAACUCAAGACAACGAUUUUCUUUUUUUCUUUUGUGGACUCAGAUACCGGCCCGGGCUCAGAUACAGCCCUUUAGAAUACAACUCCUGAGAAAAAUAGCAAUCAUUUUUACAAAUUAAGAGCAGUGAAGUUUGAAACAGCGGGAAUUCACUUCUUGGGUGGCGAUUACUCUGCCGUUGCCGUCGUCGUUGCUUUAAGCUCCCUAUCAAUAAGAGACUUCAAGAUUCCACGGCUGCGACGACAACGAGAACGUCAGUAAAGCAAUUGGUUGAACAGGCAAACGACAACUCUGCACGUGCAUCACGCUCUUUUGUACAUUUCUUUACCGCACUGCGCGACUACGACGGGAAAAUGCCUAAUUUCACGUUUCAUAGAGGACGUAAACAACCGACGGCUUGAUUUUCUCUCUCUUUCUGAACUUGAAUGUGGUUCUUAGGAGUUCGGCUCAAAAAGAGUUCGCUUGCAUUUGACAAAGUAAACGAGUUCGAGUAAUCACGAUAGAGAUUGAAAGAACGCAAAUUCACUUUUUAAGCGACGUUUUCGUGGCCGUGGCCGUCGUGGUAUCUUAAACUCCCUAAUGUCCAGGCGAUCGGGACGAUCAUAUGGAAACUCUACCCGGACGAUCGCAAACGACCCGGACGACCGAGACGACUCCCGGAGACGACCUUGAUCGCUUGGAUAGAAUUGAGUUCUAUCCGAACAACUGGGACGAUGAUCGUGUAAAAUUUGAAGAGAUCAUAUGAAAACGCAAACUCAAAAAUGAUUUAUCCACUUGACAAGAAUUUCGUAUCUAUCGCGGAACUGAUCGACUGAAGUGUUGGAGUCUUGAAAACGUUUCUUUCGCAGUUAUUGAUUGACGGACCCUCCAAGCUUUUGCACGAUAUAAAAUCAAAGUACAGUCCGCUCGUACUAGUUGUGGAGAGAAUCGACGGUUUAUCAAAAUUUCAUUUUCUAGAUAUUAAUAAUAGGUUUGGUCACGGUUUAUUUUGUUCAUUAUAUGGUCCCUUGGAGGAAAGAACACGCCAGAAAUAGCAAAAAUGUUUGUGGUGAAGUAUUUCACGAAAAUAGCUUUGUCUUUUUCAGUGUUAUGACAGCUCGUGUCACGCUAUAUUUUUUAUCAACACGUAAGAUUUUUAGCAGUUAUAGAAAAGUGUCAUUCAAGUCACCUUUGUAAAUAGUUCGUAUGACAGUGUUGUCAUGUUUUAAAGUUGGAUCAAGCAAUAUCCACUUGAAAUUUCGUUCUAAGAACUAAACAACCCUUUACACUCGCUCUCUCAAGUCAGACGUGUAACUUGAUUCCCUCUUCGUCGGCCUCAAAUUUCGCGGUAACGCGGGAUUUGAGUGUAAACAUUCGCAAAAAGAAUGAGAAGUAUUUGUUCACUGGGGUGUGGAGACGUCUUUGGAAUUUUGUCUGGUGUCAAAUGUGUUGGUACACUCGGCAUUGUAAGUUUGCAUAAAUAAUCAGCCUUUAACUGUCGAGCUGUAAUUUGGCUGACCUGCUCAUUCAUCCCUUUUUGAUAUUUCUGUUUUUGGGCUGGAUUUCGAUUGCGGACAAUUCUGAGAAAGGUAGGUACUAUCGAUCGAUGCAUUUUCGUGUUCUGUGCAAGUCAUUUCUUUUAUCUAUCGGCAUGCAGAAUUUACAUGCUUUUAAUGGUAAGCCAUUUCAGUGUCAUGAUUACUUCAUCGAAGCUAACCAGCGUAAAUUUGCUACAAUUCUGUGCAUUCGACGAAGCGUUUGAUCGGAGUAAUUAAGCUGUCGCUUUAGUUCUUAUUUCCAACGCUUGAUUUGGAGGGGUUUUCAUCCAUGAUUGCUAUCAGUGUUUUAUUUUUAUGCCUGAGAAUUCUUGCCAGCAUAAGGGCAACCGAUCAUUGUGUUGAUGAAUAAAUACCAUUGAUCAAAUUUGUAUACAACUCCUCAAUGAAAUAUUCGGUGUUAAAAUAAGCUGUAAAGGAUGUCUUUGCUAUCGCUUCUCUCUAUCUGGUGCAAAGCUUUAAGUCUCGGUGAACGGUAUAGUCGACGUGAUUAUUAGCUUUAAGUUUUUCUUUGUACGAAUUGGCAACUUCUGUAAAGUGCUUGGAUUAUCGAAGUACUUUGUCAACCACAAACUCUAUUUAAACCUGCGGCUUUGGUUUGCUCCUCCGGCGUCCAACCUCGCAGAAUUGUUAAAAGUCAUAUCACAAUUAUGCGCCCAGUGUUUGUCCGUAACGGGCGUUUUCAUGAACUGACUUUCUGAUCUAAUCGAAAGGUUUGAUCGAACCUUACGAUUAAUUAACAUUACUUCCAUCAAUUAGCUUCGUGCAUGGUAAUUUCGUUCAGUGUGUUUCGAAUGCUGGUGUUAAGAAACAUGGCUUACAGAAUUAGAACAUCGAGUGUAUUGCCGGCAGUGGUGUUUCAAAUUACGUAUUAAUAUAAUUAUUUCAAUUUUCGUUCAGGUUGUCUGAAAGCUGGAAAUGCGAAUGUACUCGUUCCUAAAGCACCUUCUUCAGUGAUCUCAAAAGUCUUGAUAAGAUUAAACUUAAUCAAAGCGUCUCAGUAUGAUAUUGAACUCACGUCGCAAUUUCUUUUAUAUAGAAUUCAGAACCUUGAUGACAGAAGUAAAAAUUCAAGAGAUUCCUUGGAGUCACUCAACGUUCUGCUCGUGUAUUUAUAUUUUUGAAAUGAAGUUUGUGUAUUCCGAGAAGUUUCAUACAGAGUAUAACAAAGAAAUGUCUGUGCGCGUCGUAACCUUCGUCAAUAGAUUUUCGGAAGGGAGUCUGUCACGCCGUCCCAGGUCAUUAGGGCAAUUACUAUAUCGCUCAAAUUAAUUAAAUCGAAAUAUCCGCUAAAAACAGCUGCUUGGAAAUGCAACUUCUACGUCAUUUUUCCGUCUACGAGUAAAGAGAGCGAAAAAAUGCUAUGCAGAAUGUGAGGAAUUCUGGUUUUAAAAAUUACCAGAGAGAGAAAUAGUUUUUAAUAGUUGCAGAAAUUUAUCACCAAUCUGCCACAUAUGUUUUAAGGCUGAAUUAUUUGGCAGAAUUGAGUAAAAAACGUGACAGGUAAAACAGGUUUUUCUUUAAACAUGUAGCUUAAAUAUUUGUAGUGUUAAAUGCACAAGCAUGUUUACAAAGUCUUUCUGUAAACACAUAAAAAAAGUCCAGAUUUUCCCUUCAUUUCAGACUUUGAAAUUCACAUGUACUGAAUCUUGUGAUUAUAAUGUUCAAUUUUCCACCCCUUUUCAUUAGGAUUUUGAUUUCUGCAAAAGGGAUUUUGUCCCAGUUUUUUUGACUUAGAAAGAGAGCUGAUUGGCGGUCAAUACGGAUCAAUCAACAUGAUUGUUAAACAAUAAGAAAUUAAUCAUUAUAAUUAGCAGCUGUUGUCAAGUAGUUGUUACCAAAAAUAACAACUUGGAAGUAAGCUAGCUUUCUUACAAAAUUAGUUUUUUGAUUUCCCCAAAGGUGGUUGAUAUCUUUUGGACGAGUCAAAACAAAAUAAUAAUUAUUUAUGUGCAAAAUUAAAUGUCAUUAGUACCUUUUUUUCCCAUUCCACUCCAGUAAGCCAACACCAUGAAAUGAGGUCAAGACGCUUAAAAAUCACUUUAUUUGGUCAAACCAGGCCUCAGGCCUUUUGUCCAGUAGAAUUUUGGAAUGGUCUAGUGAGUGCCCUACAAUAAGAAAAUACAGAACAAUUCAUGAAUUGCAACCAAAAUUAAAUGAAAGGCAGGAUUCUGGAUUUCAAAGCAAAAUGGGCGUUAGAUUUGGGAUUGAAAGUAUGUGCGAGAUGUGUGAUGCCUAAAAUAACCACUGGAUUACAGAAUUGAAUGUAAAUUUGGGUUGGGUUGACAGGAUUGUAGAACCCGUUUGGGGACCCUCUUGUAAGGCAAUUAAUAACUCGAUAACUUACCUUUAGGACAAAGAGAAAGAAGUUGCUGAUCUUAUCCAGCUGAUCAAGUCUUUGACGUCAACAGAAGAGGACGGAGCUAGGCCUUAUGGAAGAAUGGCAGAUUCCCUAGAGGAGGCCUGGAAUGACCUCAAUGUCCAAUUAGAAGGAAGGAGAAUACUGCUGGACACUUCUGUUGCCUUUCAUCAUAGUGUUGAGCAGGUAUGUAUUGUUUUCUUAGGGCGCUUACCAUUCAUCAGGGUUUACAGUCGUUUAGCCUACGAUUCGUUUUGCCAACGUCCUGUUCGCUAAUGUCUUAGGUCGUUUCGCUUACAUGUUAGAUCAGUUCCCUAACUGCUUUUGCCUGAUCAGUGGCUGAAAGAACGAGGUAUGUACUUGUGUAACACACUUUUUUGUUUCAUGGCUGAGAGAACAAGGUAUAUACAGGCGCAGCGACUGUUUUGCUUCUUAGUGGAAGGACAUAAGAUGUUAGCAAGAGGGCAUUAGCUAAAUGACUCGUAGGCGAAAUGACCUGUCACCUUUAUCAGAACUGGCUAGCCAGACCAGUCCAGUUGUCAAGGGGAUUGCACUAUUAAUCCAGACUAUCCAGUCAGGUCAGUUUAAUUCUUCUAAAUGGUAUGCAUAGCAGUGAUGGGUUUGUAGGCUUUUUUCCGAAAAGUGAAUAUUUCAUUUUCAAAAUGACAGGUCUGGCAGGCCAGUUUGAAGUUUCAUGUUCACACUUGGUGCCUGGGUAGUGGCAGAAAGUGGUGGUGUGUUCACGUCCAGGGGUACGCACCUGAUAUAUAUCUGUGUGCAUAUAUUUGUUGCACCUCUUUGGGGUGUUGGAUUAACCAAUCCAAAACAGUUUUCCUUUAUCUAUUCUUUCAUUGACCAUAGAGGAAUGGUGUGAAAAUGUUUAAAACUCAAGUGGAACCGAGUGGUUUCACUGCAAAGCGAUCAACAGAGAAAAACAAAGUAUAUGGUAUGGUUUGAUAUUAACUCCAGGGUUGCCACGGUCAGGGAGAAGCAAGGGGAAAACGAAAAUUUUUCAAGGUCGGGGAAAAGUCAGGGAAUUUUUUAAAAAGUCAAGGAAAAUCUUUGAUAUUGUCAAAAUCAGUGAAUUGUCAGGGAAUUCUGUUUUUUGGUUUAUAGUUCAUACGUUUUCUUUAAGAUUUAAAAAAUGCAUUUUCUUUUGGGAAAGAUGAAAAGUAUGCUCCAAAGCAAGCAAAGCGAUCAAUUAGACUUUCUAUGCCUUACUCAUGUAGCAGUUGUGGUCAUUGGUUUUCGUUGUGAAUGCUUUCUUCCAAAUUCCUUCGUCUUCUUUCUGCGAAUAGUGGAAAGAGGUUGAAAAUGAAGAGAAAAAGAUUGAUGGCGCACAAGAAAAGCUAAAGCAAAUGUAAACAUUGAUUGUUUCUCAUUAAUAAAAGGUCAGUGAAAACUGUUUAAAGGUCACUGAGAAGUCAGGGAAAAGUCGGGGAACUUUUAACAAAUCUGAUGAGUGGCAACCCUGAACUCUCACUGACCAUUUAAAUAUUAUAGCUCUCGAGCAAUCAGUGUGCAAGAAAUCAAUCAGUUAUGGUAAAAGCUAAUAUCAUUUUGAAAUGUGAGCAUAGCGGCGAGUUAUUUGUUUAAAAAUUUCUAUUUAUUACAUGUACAUUUUAAAACUGUGUCAUUGUUCAGAAGAUACACAUACAUUGUAUAGUCAAGAACAGAAAAACAACAGUUCAAAAUUAAAUAACCCAGAAAAAAAAAUCAUGAACAAUUACUCAUAUGUAAAAAAAAAAACAACGGAAAAAAGUUGCUUUUUGGAAAUAGGACUUUUAACAAACGUUCCUUUUAAGUUUGAUUUGUUUUCUGGAUGUGUGGGGGGUGUGAUUUCAGCAGGGAAGGCUGGGGAACAAGUCAAGAGAAAUCUUUUUGUAAAUAGAGAGGAAAACUGUGAUGUCAUGUUACUAUGGUAGCAGAAUUUCUGGAUCUAAACAGUCUUUCUUGACAGAGACAGCCAUCUGCAGUAUCAAACAAUGGAAGAAAAGUAUGGGCUACCAUUUUGUUCCUGAGUGGAUAUCAUGCACAGGAAAUUCAUACUUGUCAUUUUUUUUAUUUUUUUUCUGCCAUAGUUUGUCAAGAUCAGGACAUUAAUUUUUGCUACCAUGGCAACAUGAUGUAACAACUUUUAUUCUCUAUGCACACAUUGUAAUAAAAGAGACUCUGUAGACAUGUAGAUAGUUACAUGUAUUAUUAACCAUUGCAGAUCACUAUACAGCUCUAUUUGAUUAUGUUUAUGAUGUAAUUAAUCAAACUUCAAGUUUCUAAGUAAAAGACAUAAUUUAUCAACAUUUUUUCCUUCAAUCAGUUUGCUUUUGAUAACAGUAAUUAAAGUGAUUAAAUGGAGAAAUUACUUUUAGUAUGUUGUCUUUUACAUCAUAGUUAACAUAGAAAUCAUUAAAAGCAACAAAUAAUGAUUAUGGUGCAGAUUGCAAUUAUUGCGUGACUUAAUUAAAAAUAAAAUUCAGUCAAUGCUAGUUAUGGUUAUGAAGGCAUCAUAAACACAUCUUGACUAUAAUCAUCUCAAGAGAUUAGAAAUCUUUUGAUUGUGUGGUACUUGACCUUGUUCUCAUGUCAGAAGUAUUUUUUUAGUUUCUUGUAAAGAGUGGUUGAAGCUUGUCUUAAAGGAUAUUUUAUGUUGGGUUGAGUGCAUCACUUUAGCCAUGAGGUGUAUUUUUAGUUGGUGUUAUAUUGUACAAAGGCAUGCAUGGAAGAACAGACAAAACAACUCUGCCCUUUUAAGAACACUCUUGACCUAAACAAUCUUUGGAAUUUUCAACAAAAAUGAGUUAAUCAUUAAUGACACAGAGUUUAAGCCUUUUAUGGGAAGAUUUUUGCUUUUGGAUCUUUAGUUUGUUCUUCACAAUAUCUGUUUUUUACUUGUGCAAAGAUAUGUCCUCCCUCCUCUUGUUAUUCACAUGAAAUUGUUGUCAAGCUAUUGCUCUGUAAGUAAGCAAUUUUUCUCAGGUGUUUGGUGUAAAAUUAUUAUCUAAUAUGAUCUUUAUGAAGCAAUUGGCUGUAGUUCUUGUUCUGUCCAUUUGACGACUUGUUGAUAUUCGUGUUGCAUAAUCUUUUUAAAAUGACCAGUUUAAUAGUUUUGGUUGAUAAAGCUGAACUUUGCAUGCAUCAAAUACUAGUUAUAUAUGCUCAGAGUUAUUUCUAGUAAGUAACAGGAGAUAGCUUGAGCUAAUAGAAAGCAUUCUGCUUAUUAAUUACUACAUAAAAAUAUGAUUCAUAUGAUUCUUGUCUUUUUCUUAAUAUUUUACUUGUGUCUAGGUAACUGGAAUCAGUUGUACAUUACUUAAAUAAGAUAUAAGUAAGCCUUUCUGCUAUUUAUAUAACUAGUGGUUUUGUAAUGCUACUAGCCAAUAAACCUGAAAACUUUCCCGGACAAAUGGACUACUUCUAAAAAAGGUCAAACAUUGAUUCCAUUCAUAUAUUCAUUCUAAACUUUCCACUGAUGCUAGAUUCAAAAUAAAUAACCACUGAUAACUAAAGGUACUACAUGUAUGAAUGUAGUAUUUUUGUGUACAUGCAAGGAUAUUCAUCCAGCUUGUAACAGAUAAGGAAGUGUUUGCUGUGGUUUUGUUUUGAAAGUGUAUUUCUUGGAUGACUUAAUUUAAAAGUAAAUGAUCAUUGCUGGUAGAAAACAGUGCAAUAUAAGUUUGAGUAUUGAUAAUAUUUUUUGUUCCAAAUUUAUUAAAAGUUUUCAAGAUCAUUGUGAGUUGCAUGGUAAAUCUCUGUCCAUCAUUCUAUAACAUUCUAGUGAUUUCCUGAAAGGAUCUGAAUGUUUUUUGACUUAACCUCCAUGUCAGCUUUUUCACUAAAUAUAAUUAAAGGUGUAUUUUAUCAUUAUUUUCUAUCAUGAGAGGAAUGUUGAUUACCUUGUUACCUGUGUCUAUAAAUAGCUAAGAUUGUAUUGUACUGUGUUGACCAAACUUCCUCUAGUUCAGAAUUUAAGUGCACUACUCCAACUGUUCACAGAUGUAACCACAAGACUAUACAUUUAGCCAUUUCAGCUAAGGUAAUAAUGAUGUUAACUCCAAAAUUGAUUGUUUUCCACUAAGCAGAGGAGUAGUGAUCAGGUCAGCCAUUCAAAAAUAAUUACUCAUAUACAGUGUGCUUACUAACCCACUAAAAUGUUAAUAAAGUGCAUAAAUAUAAAGUGUAAAUGAAUGAUGGAGGGAAAAUACUGUGGUAAUGUCAGUGAAUGGUUUGGUACCCUGUGUGUGCCAAGGUUAUUACAGUUCUUAAAAGGACGAUGUUUAAUGCUACAGACGGUUUGGAUUUAGUAAAUGUUGUAUUGUCUGCUGUGUUGUUUAUUUGAAUGAUUGUUAGCCCUGUAAGUCGCACAAGUCACCAAUGUCAAUUUUCUCCAAACAAUGUAAUAUCAAUACAUACACAAAUUAUGUAGUCAAGAAAAUAAUUAUGAGAAUUACUAAAAUGAUCACCCAAGGAAAAAUGCUUUGAUCAUAUAUGAAUUUGUCUCAACCAAUAUUUUUAAAAAAUGUAUGGAAAUGAGUCUGGAGGAUUUCUAUGUGGAUAUUGGGGCUUAAAGGGUUAUUAGAUCAUUAAGCUGGGAGGCAGUGUCCCAAUGGUAUGUACUUACUCACACUUCGUCACCAUCAUUUCAAUGUAUAAAGUCAUAAUUUUUUUAAUAUGCAUACAGCAACUUGAGCACAGAUGUACACAUGCUUAAGGUUGAUCGCACUACAGUGGUCUGCAUCCCUUACUCUUUUCUGGGCCUGUGGUUUCCUGUCCUUACCCUUAAAAGAUCGUCUACUUCUGUUUGCUUCUGCAACUUAACCUUGACAUGUAAAAAUUAUUCAUUUUACUCACCUACCUACAGCAUGUAUUAAUAUCUUCUUGUUUCGGAUGUUGUGGGGGUGGGGCAAAGGCAGCAAAUUUUCCCUUUCAGACUAUGUCGAAGCACCUUGAGGAUGCUUCCUUCCUCUAGGAUACCUCAUGCAAAGGAGCUUCCAGGCUGUUAAUUCCAUAUAGAUUGCACAUAACAACUCAAAAUUUUAGUGACAGGACUAAUAGCUGUUCUGAAUAAUCAAUAUCGGCUGAUGGCAGAUGUUCAUGCAGUUACUGCUUUUAUAUGGGAUCAUUCUAUUCUAACUCUUUUUUUGUUCUGAACAGUUCUCUGACAAACUUGAUGCAACACAAGAUGAAAUCAGCCAAGUCCUUUUGGCAGAAGAUGUCACUUCAUCGUCUUCAUUACUUCAUCAACAUCAAGAGUUAAGAAAAAGUGUCCUCGAAUUAUCAAUGCAGACAUUAUCCAAAGGACAGGCACUUCUGGACAGAUUGCGAGAGGCUAGUACACAUGCUGACAUCAACAACCAACAUGCCACAAAGGCAGCAUGUUACAGUGUUGAGCGUAUUCUAGAGGCACUGCAACAUCGUCGCCAACAGCUUGAUGUACAGUGGAAAGAAAGGAAGAGGGUUCUAGAGCAGUGCAUCAAGCGGUGCAAGAUUGAUGAAGAGAUAAACAAGGUAAUUUUUUUAGUGUUAUAUGGGUGGAUAUGCAACCAUUGUGAUGAUAAGUGCUUAUUGAGGGGUUGUGAAUGAAAAUUAUCUUAGACUCAUUAUUUAAAAUUUGUGUCCAUGUGGCAAGAUGUUUAAAACUUGAAGACAGAAAGACUUUUGUCUUAUCAGUUUUUGAAAUAAUACUUUGAGUUUCCAACACUCAAAGUUUAGUUUUCCACUCUAUUAACGAAUGGUUAGCUAAAAAAUUACAUUAUAGUACAAAUAUAAGAAUGUAUUUUCUUAAAGUUUCACUUAUCCCAGUGGGCAUCAUCAUAGGACCUUAGGACCUGUCAAUGAGUACCUAUUGUGUCUAUCAGUUUCCAUUGAUUUAGUAUGAGGGGUCAUACGUUACUCGUUGCCUAUCAGCUUUUUCCACCCACUGGCAGUUUGGUAAAGUCCUCUAAAUAUGAAGUGUUGAUAAUUAUCCCUGAAACCUUUAGAGGGGAUUAGAUAGUGAAAUACAGUUGAACCUCCUAUAAGUGACCAUCCAAAAUACAAAUAUUUAGUGGUUGCUUAUGAGAAUUAAUGGGGUCUUUUCCACACACAUCUACUUUUUGGAAGAGAAUUUAUGGCAUGCAAUUUCUAAGUUACCCAUAGUGAGUUGAAAAUUCUUUGUAUACUCUAAGUAGCAUAGUCCAAACAGCUAACCAAGAGAUCAGAACAUACGUAAAGCAGUGGCAUACAAGAGGUGGUCAUUUGUGGCAGGUUCUAAUAUUAUAGGGUUUUCAGUUGUACAUGGAGGUUCAACUGUAUUUAAAAUUGAACCAUGUUGUCUUUUUUAUUCAUUUCAAUAGAUCAACAAAUGGCUAAAUGAAGAAGCAGAGGACUAUCUAAGCUAUAAAGAGUAUGGUGAUUCAGCUGCCUCGACUCAAGUCCUUCUUGAUGAACAUUCCAAGUUUGAGGAGGCAGUCACGGUAAGUGCACAUUUGUAAAAUUAUCAUCUUUUGACUAAAUGUGGUUUUAAAUUUCAAAUGAACAUCCCCUGGGGGAAGUUUGGGUAGUUGUGUGCUGGCAAGGCCUUCAAACCCUGACCAUGUUUAGGACAAGAGACCUUACUCUUUAUUCAUUUCCUUGUGUAAGACAAGAGACCUUACCCCUGACUCAUUUCUUUUUUGCACACAGAAUUAUUCAGUUUUAGAACUAACAUUCUAAAAAAGGAUUUUUUUGGAAAAAAAAUGUUGGUACUACAAAUUUACACUGCUUACCGCCAACCUUCACAUUCCAUAAGGUUUGUUUUAAAAAAGACACCCGUUCAAGGUGCCAAAUAGUGAAAUUCUGUAGUUAGCCUGUCUCAACACUCUCAAAACCAUACCCUGUUAAGCAGAGCAGUACAAAUUUUGCUGGAUGUUAAAUUACAGUUUCUGAAAUUUGGGAAUGUGCAGAAGGCAAUUAUAAUGUUAUAAAUUGAAAAAUAAAUUUUGGGUGACACUGCCCUGUUGACUUUUGUCUACUUUCCUUAACUUAUUCUCCCUACAUCUCUUCCUUUGCCUCCCCAUUUCUUUUGCUGUAAAAUUAUUAUGGCUCAUUUUGGUGGAAAAAGGUCUGAAACCAGAUUUUUGUAGGAAUUUUUUGGCAAAAAAGUUCAAAACCCUCCAUGGUUGGGGUUCAGAUUACUAUUUACUGGAACAAUUUCUCAGUUUGUGUCUUUUUCUGUUGUGAAUCCUAAGUAUGUUAAUAGACAGUGAGUGUACAAUUAAUGUACUUUGCUGUUGGUCUUGGCAUUUCAACUUUUUUAAAGGUUAUUUUGGUUAUGAUGUUAGGAAAAAGAAGACGCUGGAUAUAGACUUGCAAGAGAGACAGAAAAGCUUGUGCAUGGUGACUUUGACGAUAUGCAGGACACAGAGAUCAGAGUCACUCAGCUGCAAACAAACUUGCAGUUGCUCAAACAGCGUGUGGAUGAAAGAAAGAAGCUGCUGCUGGAGACGUUAGCCUUUUACAAGAACAACAAACAAGUAAGUCAACUGGCAAAAUCAUUUCUAAACUUACUUUACAGACCAAAGUUAAAUCACAAAAGGUCUUCAUUUUCCAUCACCUCUGCUAACCAUCACUGAUAAAGUGGUUAAGUAGUUUUUCAUCUUUAAAACCCUUGGUUUGUGCCAGAGUAACGUUAUAACCCUUGUUUUCUCAGGUUGUCACAGUGUAAUAUUUACAGACCAGUUUUUUCUUCGUGAUUUGUGAUCUGUGUGCUGCUUAGGCCAUAAAUCAAGGAAGUAAAACGUGGCCGCGUUUCUGCAUCCUUAAGGUGUCUGCUCACGUAUGAAAGGUUCCAUUUGAAUGUGUUCUUUGUAGAACAUUUUUUUAUCAUAGUACUUAAUUUUCUUCUUUUCUUUUUCUUUGACAGGCUUUGAAUAAGCUAAAUGAAAUCAGUGAUAAAAUGACAGAAGAGAAGCUAACUGUUGAAGAUCAAAAGGAACUUUAUGGCGCCAUCAAUGCUGCCUCUGCAGCCCACCUGCGUGAUGGGAAGCUGCUACAAGAAAAGAUGACAGAUGUCAAGCAAAAACCAGUGGUAGUAAGAAUGUACGAAGAACUACAAGAAAAGAGUACAGCCAUGCUUGUCAAUGUAGAACCAGAUCCGUCUAGCAAGGAGAUUGAAGAUGUAAGGACCUUUCAUGCAUUUUUUCUUUCAAAUAUACAAAGUACACUCUUAUUGAAAUUUGCACCCAUGGUCAGCAUUGACAGAAAGACAUGGUUGGCAGAAAGUUCUGGCCCCGGCUGUUCAAACAUUAGAUUGCGCUUUCCACUGGAUAAAUUACUAUCCACUGGACGAAAAGCAUUAGGCAAACCAAUCAUUUUUGUAUAAUCCACUGGACAGAUAAUUUUUUUAACGUUAUUUACCUUUCGAUCAGUUGGGGCCUGAAGUACAUUUAAGGGGUUCAAUUGUUGAAUUUUGCCAGCUUUCAUGAAAGAAUCAGAUAAUAGCCACAUAGAGUACAUGUAGCUGGCCAAAAACACAAAGUUGGAAGUGAUUUUUGCUGGCUUCUUGUAAACUUAACAACCCUGCAGAGAAGGUUGUUGAUUUAUUAAUCAUUCUGUAAUUUGUUCUUGUAUGUUGAAUUUUUUGUACAGGUUUACAGCUGGAUAAAAAAUGUGGGAGAUGACUUUCUUAACAACAAUACAGUGAUGGGUGAUUCCAUCAAAACAUCACAAGAGUUCUGGUACUCGCACAAAGAACUUGACUCUGAGAAGGAGGUGAACAAAUGCUUACAUUCAUUGAUGCACCAUACUCAAACUCAGUCAGUCACCUUUUUCUGUGACAAGCCCAAUAGCUAUAUACAUCAAAGGUGGUUUCUCCUGAGGAAGGUCUACAAUUGUACAUAUCGUUUUUGUAUUCCUAUUAAUUAUGGGAAUUCUACAUUUCCUAUUGGCUUUAAAGAGUUGUUGUUUUAGAUUACAGUGUAUUCAUAUUUACCCAUUUAAACAUUUGAUCCUACUCCUAUUGUAAGACCUGCUGUACAAUCUUCUCUGCAAUCAAUCCGAUCCUUGAAAGCUAUCCAUCAAGUUCUAUAAUAAUAUUCUUAUUAGAUUAAUUUGACCUAAUAGGGCUGUCACUAAGGGAACCUAGAAAAGGGAAAGGAUUUUCUAACAGUUCAAUUCCCUGCCUACUAUUUGCAUCUAACUGGCAAUUUUAGUGACAGGCCUGAACAUACUAUUUAGUAAAACAGGGAAGUCUGCUAACAAUUGCUUGGACCAAGGCCCAGGUUUUGUCUGGACAAUUUUCAGCCUUCACUGGUUUGAACGUAUAACAUCUUACAGUGAUCUGACUGAUUGAGCUUACUUGUACUUGUCUGUCUCAUUCCAACUGAGAGUUGGUUAAGAGAGAGUAAAGGAAAUGCGUAUGCAAUUAACAUUAAAAAUUAAAAAACAAAAAAAUGUAAAUGUAAGAAAACUGUAAUUGGUAAGAACCUUGGUGACUGUAAUCUUUACCAAACUAUGGCACAUGUAAUCCUCUUUAGAAUAUUACGGACACAGUUUCAAGUGCUCUUGAUGUUUCUAAAGUUCGAUCAAAGAUGGAUAUUGCUAAAGUGCAAGACAUUCAGGAUCUCUGGACAAGUUUUUGUGCUCGUCUUCAAUACAGGCUGGGACUUGGUAAAAUGUACUUUGACUUCCAUCGCCACAGACAACUGGUGAGUAUUAGGGAAAAAAUGCCCCCAGUGCACAAAAUUGCUCAUUUAACUUAGAAUUUUCUGUGCUAGAUAUAUUAUGGCCCUGGACGCCUUUAAGCUUAAAGCAUGCUUUUGAAAAAAAGCUUAAUUAUAUUUUUCGUUUGUUUGCAUCAAUCGUAAAAUUCAAUUUCGGGAACAAGUCACACGAAGAAAAACAACUUUGCGUUUGGCACUUUGGGUAUAGUUCUGCAGGCCCUGGUUGUUCAAACAUUGGAUAGCGCUUUAUCAUUGGAUUAAUCAUUAUCCGGCGAAUUAGUAUCAGAACAAACAAUGCGCUAUCUACUGGACAGAGAUAUAUCCAGUGGAUAGUGUUAUCCAUCUUUUGAACAACUGGGGCCUGCUGCUCGACCAAAUUUUCCUAACUAACCCUUGUAAAUGUGUAUGAAAAUAAUUUAAAAGUGAACUAUGAGCCUAAGACUGGAACAUAACAUUUGUCUUUGGUGGUUGUCUUCAACAGCUUUUUGGAAAAUUGGAUGAGUUGACAAAUCAGUUAACAAGUGAUGAACCCAAAGAGAAUGUUGAUGCCUCUCCAGCGCUUCUUGCACGACAAGAGCAGCUCCAAGAUGCAAUUCUCUCUGCAUCUGGACAAAUGCAGAAGGAAUCACAAGCUCUGUUAGAAGAGCUGCGAAAAGUAAGUAAAUAGAUUUUCUGUUAAGUCCUAAAUUCAAUAGUUGUUUCUUGAAGAAGGGUUCUACUUGCAGUGAACAAAGUGACGUAAAAGUGCCUGUAGUUCUCUGAAUCUGGAAGUGUAAAUGCCGAGCUAUUUUACCAUAAAUGAAGAUAUCUGUAUUCUUUGAUUUGUUGUUGUUGCAUAUAAGAUUAACCUGAAACAAUGCUCAAACUUCUGCAAAUACUCAUACAUGAGUGGAAAGGAGGUUGAGCUCUGUCAUAGACAAUAAAGUUAUUUGUUGUUCAGUGGGCUAAUGACAGAUCAGUAAAAACAAAUCAAUAAAUACUUUUUAUCUCCUCUCCUUAUGGGGCUAAUAGAUCAAAUGGAACAUAACAAGGUUAAGAGUCUACCAGUUGGCUUUUUUACAAACAUUGUCGAGUGUUUAAAUUCGGAACUACUAAACAAAUCCAGCUCCAAUCUCUGGAUUGCGGGACCAGCUUUCUAAGCACUCGGCCACAUUUCCUCCCAAUAAUGAUUAAGUAAUUCUCUAUGCAAGAAAUUAAACUAUCGUCGACCCACCACAAGUUUCUUCUGGAGCUUAGUCUUCUUAAGCCCUUUACCGAGGUAGUUAAUUUACUAAACGCUAAAUAAGGUUUCUUUUUGAAACUUCAUUUGUUUUGCCUUCCAAGGAACCACGAGAGGAGCAUUUGGACAGGGGUGCAGCUGCUGAUUGUAUUCAGAAUUUUCUGGCGACCCUGGAAUCGAGGGUUCACAAGCUUGGACAGUUGUGGACUCUCAGAGAAGAACAGCUGCACAAAAACAGGCAGCUUAGUGCUGAGUUUGUACAGUUUGAAAAGGACACUCGAGAGGUAUUCUAAGUAGUAAUUUGUUUUAAACUGUCUAAAAGCGAGUCAUUUCCGUUAUGAGUUGUGCUCCAUUGUAACAUCGUAGCUGUGCUGGAAUUUACGUUGUAAGUAGCAUAGUGGUUGCUACUAACAACCCUGCACUCAAAACGAUGCUUCGCUCAAUGAAUACCCAAAGCGGUUUGGACGUUUGAAGCAAUGAAUAAUGGGAUGACUUUCUUGAGAAAAACGAUCAACCCUACCAAUUACUGAAUGUUAACAAUAGUCAAAGAGAAAACGUUGUACUCUUACGUUAUUUUAGGUUAUUUUAUGGAUCAAAGAGCAAAGUGAUACAUUUUUCCCUGUCAAAGUGGAUUACAGCUCCCUUCCAGCCGAUCCAAGAGAACUUGAAGACAAGCUGAAGAGGUUCAAGGAUGCCGCCAGGGUAAGCUAUAAAGACAUCUUUCCAAAAUACCUGCUGAUGAUAGGUUAGUAAGGCAUCAUGUCUUUCAAUGUCUUGCUCUGCUCUUUUCUCUUUGCUGUUCUUUUGGCUUGUGGCUUCAUGAUUCACCUUAACUGUAAAAUAAUUUCACAUCUAAAGAUUGGUUUGAUCAUUAGCUUUCCAUAGUUCGAGUUUGGCUUAGCCUGCGCCAUAGACUAAGCUAAACUUCUCCUUCCGUCUGCAAACAGCGCCGAAAUCCCACCCCUGCUCCCACCCGGUACCAGGAUUUGAGAACGCGCCAUGAUUGGCUUGUUAAAAAACCUUUUUCGAUUUGCCAGUCAGGUUGAAGGAAACGCAUUUCCGGUAAUUUGUUGAGUCCGUUUGUGGCUCAGAACAAGAAUACAUGUAUGGGCGCUGCUUCGCAGACGUUACUAACCGGAUAGAUGUAUGAAUGGCGAAAUAGCCAAAGAACAAUUAUAAUUGAAUUUGCUUCCGAGUAAGUGUGUUAUUUUUUAUGUGCUUUAGCGUACUGAUGAAGAUGUCCAGUCGCACCUGCAAGCUGCUGAGCAGCUGUCAGGGGCAGAGGGUGGUUAUAAAGCUGCCAUAAGAGUCAUCACAGAUGAGCUUCAGAUUGCUUAUCAAAGAUUCAAGACUCUUCUUGCAGACUACGAGGUGCUCUUAUCUAUGUCAGCAACUUUUUACGCAAGUGUGGAGAAAGUAAGUCUGCUUUUACUGUAUCUUUGCGGAUGCAAAUGACAAAAUAUUCCUUUAGGAAUGUUGAGAUAUGUACGGGUGUGUAGAAGUGUGUAGAGCACAAGUAGUUCCUUAAACUAAAUACGUGAACAGUCGUGUGAAUAGCACCUCCUCCUUGCGUUACCUUCCGUGCACUUAGCAAUUUUCACGCGUCUUCGUGUCUUUCGCUCGCUCUUCUACCCUUAAGAAACUACUCGUAAUCAAAGAAGUGUCAUAUGACAAACUUAAGAGAAAUGACAAGUUUUUUUGUAAAAUCCUUAAAAACAUGUACCUUGUGUUAGUACUGUUGAAAAAGUUCCGUUGAAGUGAGAUAUUAACUGAUAAUAACUGACUCUAGGGUACCUUAGUAAGCUAUUGUUACCUUCCCAGUUUCAAGCUGUUGAGAUGUGUUGUAUGUGUUAAAAUCUGUUUCACAGCAAUCUGGUCCACUCUGUGUAGUCUUUUCAACCACUCGUCCCCUGCUUGCUGUGUUUCUUAACGUCAGCAAAGAAGUUACCUGUAAAUGAAAAAAUCGCAACAUUCUGACAAACGAAUUAUGUUUUGCAUGCGUUAUGUCUAAGUUUUCCAAAAACAACGAAAUUUUUGGGCAGAAUAGUUUUCAGAGGCCAACUGCUAUCCGUUCUAAUCCCCUUCAAUUUUGCGCAUCUGUGGCUUUUUCUGUAUUUGUUCUGUUAUUUAAAGUCUUCGUCAAUGUUUUGAGCUACUUUUUACGGGUGUAUUUUUCUGCUCAAUUUGGGGAACAGUUUUCAGUCGGUGAUUUGGCUAACUUUCGUGACACAAAAGUUCCUUUAAGAUCGGUAAGGAGGUUUUAGCGGACAACAAUGUUGAGAAAAACUAAUUGUUACUCACGCUGACUCUCUGAUUAGCUUCUUCAAAUGAUGGAUGACAUGAUGUAUGAUAUACAAAAUCAGCCUCUUCCAAGAGAUAUAAACGCAGCACAGCUCCUUCUCCAAGAUCAUCUUGCGAACUACCAGACCGUCCACGAGCUUUUUAACUUUACCACUGUUAAUGCUCAAGAUGUGCUCAGUCGUGCUGCCACAUCAGCGGCUGUUACUGUAUCACGAGACGAAAUCAAGGGAUUCCUGGAGAAGUCAGAAGGAAGGCAUGGAGAGUGGCGGAGCCUUUGGGAACAUCAUAAGGACAAGUUGGAGGAAAGUGUGCGGCUGUGCGAAUUUGAACAAGCUAUCAACACGGUAUGAAUUAUUAAUAUUUGAAUCUGUGAAACCUAAAACUAUUAAAGGGUACCAUAUAUUUAAACACUAUUUAGUGCAUUGCCUAUGAGCACGAAUUUUUUUUGUACUUCUUUAGACAAUCAAUAAAAGUUGAAAGGUUAUUAAAUUUUCUAGCAAUCCAGCUUUUGAGAGCCCGAGUCUGUGAAACUAAACGUCAGUGUACCAUACGCUCAUUUGGGUGAAUUGCCUAGGAACACCUAUUGUUUAUAGAUCUACUGGACCAAACAAAAAAUGACUUAAAGACAGACGAGAAAGAGAAGAAAAAAGUAUGAAAGGGACUUGCUUUUUCUCACAAAUUGUUUCUACCCGUUAAGAUAAGUUUAAGAUAAGUCACAAAGCUUAUUACAACAUAAACUUAAAUAAACAAUUUUAACAGGAACGUUGCACCACAGCUGUCUUUGGCUUUCGUUAAAUCGUUCUUUUGACUUUAAUUACAGGUUAAUCUAACUAUUGAAGAGCACACCCGCGAGUUGCUGGCUCUAAAUCGGAAGUUUGGUGUCACCUUGCUUGAUGCUGUCACUCUGUUGCAAGAGUCAGAUGCUUUUCUGGAGUCAGUCAAGGUAGUUUUGAUGUCUAAUUUUGCGGCAUAGUUCUUUAUUACUUUACUCUAAGCGUUUUGGUGUCAUUGUGGACGUUACUAUAAAAUGGACGCAAAUCCAGUUAAACAGUUAGAUCUGAUUCCAAGCUUGUCGUACAGCGCAGGAGUUAAUCUUUAAGGCAUUUAUUUGAUCCCCCUUGUAUCGAAAGUAAUUUGACGGUUCUCGACACCGUUUGAUACCGGUCUUGAAAUUUACGUUGUAAUGGUAUUAUGCUGCGUCUUACGUUUUUUAGUUCAUGCUUGGAAAGAAAAGUUAGCAUGAUAGCUAUUGCGCUGAAAGAAACUUGUAUCGAACCCAACAAGGAGUGCAACCGACAAAUAGAAUGUUUUUUAAAAUAGAUUUUUAAAGAGCAUGUUGUUUUUCUGUGGCAAAGUGGUGAAUUUAAACAAAACAAAAUUGUUUUUACAGCCUGCAGAUGUAGAAGUUGGUAGGCUGGUUGAUGAAGCAGAAAAAUUGCGGCAAUUAAAUCAUCAUGACGCACCCGCUAUUAUGAGACAAGUAUCUGCAAUGGAAGCACGCUGGCAGCGAUUUCUGUCACGGAUGGAAGACCACAGAGCCAUGCUUGAAGCUUCGAUCGAGUUCCAUCAACUCUACGAACAGGUUUGCUUUCGAUAUUCCCCUUGCUUUGAAUCGUCCUCUUCUGUGGACAGCCUUAUAAUUUGGGGGACUACAAGCAGAGACGUAAACAGGCACAUGUGACUAAUAGUAGACCGAUAAAUGAAUCAAAGUGCAAGCUCAUGGUUGGUAUUAACAGCCAGUAAGGUUGUGGCUUAACUGGAAGACGACCAACGCAAUGGCAUUGUAGGAUUUCAAAAUGGAUGCAAGCAAGCUGUAUUUCAAUUUCGUGUCGUGCAUCUUCGGUCUGAUUUGCACUUGUCUCAGUUCAAUUACCCUAAUAAAUUCAGUCUAUAAAGAAACAUGCUUGUGAAUCGUCUUUUGUCUCUUAAACCUCUCUUGUUGCAGGCUUCAGUGUGGAUCAGCGACAGUGAACACUUUCUGAAAACCACCAGGGAUGGUGCAAAGAGAUGUACUACUGAGGAAGAAGUCGUUGAUCUUCUGGACAUGUUGGAAGGAUUUGUUAAACCUGGUCUCAACAAGCAGGAAGCUCGACUAAAGAAAGUUGCUGAACUUUCUGCUAAGCUCACCAUGGAUGAACCACGUUACAAAGCAAAAGACCUCAUGGUGAAACAAAAAGAGAUUAGCACCAAGUUUGAUCUCAUGGACAGUGAUCUGUUCCGUCUAGCAGAAAGACUUCGAGAAAGGAAACAGCGAGGGUUACCUCCUAAGGUACAGCUACAUUAUUUUAGGUUGUAAGAUGGGUUUAGAAGAAAAUGCUCUUUUGCUUAUCAAUGGCUGACGGUAAAUGUUUAAAAGCUGUCGUGUCGGGACUAAUCUUUUUGCUUAGUACAUUAAACCCUGUGCUACUGGAUAGUGCUUUGCGUAGUACAGAGAUUUUAACUUGCGUCCAGAGACUCAACUAUUUAUUUUAUUUGCAGUGGCAUACCUGUAAAUUAGCUGGUGAAGAUUUCUUUUAAACUAAUCCAUAUAGCUCCGUGUAUGUUCCACUUUGAAUAAAGUAUUGCAUUGUAUUGUUUUAAAGUUUGUAGGCUUUACCUAUACAUUCCCUUUUCUAUGCUUUAAACCUUCAGUUGUUAUUUAAGUAUGAUGAACUUUUACCAGAUGCUGUUUUUGGCUUAUAUAGUAACUGUGAUGGUUGAUUUUGUUUCAGGCAGAGGAGGUUACCACAGAGACCGUAGACUCGUACGAGCGAGAGCUUCUUGAAUCACUUCCUGUCGCGCCGGAAUUUGACAAGCCAGUGCGUGUUAACGUUCUGUCAUCCUUUAUCGAUGGUGUACUUGGUAGCAAGAGGGCUGGUGAUCGAGAAGUGUUUGAAGAAGCUGGACCAGCUAAACGUCCCCAGGUUUCUGUCAGAGUGCGGUCUGACACACCAGUAAGUUUAGAAGCUGAGCAGAAGAUUGAGCCUAUCAUCAAGUCAGAGAUCCAGGGGUGGUUUGAAAAAGGGAAAGCAGUAAAACCUGUUGAAAUUCCAGAACAUGAGAUUCUAGUUCACAUCAGUGAAGAUACUAAAAGAGAACCAAGUGAGAUGGCCUUAGCCCCUUGGGGUGCAGAAGUGGUGAAGAAAGAUGUCACAGUCACCUCAUUGGGUCCCUUUGUCACCACAGACAUUGAAGUUGAAACAGCUUUGCAUACGGAAAUUCGUCCACCGGCUUCCCCGGAUCAGAAUCAGCUAAUGAGGAAAAGAGUGUGGAAGACAACAACAAAGGAAACCACGACAAGUAUCAAGCAGGAGACCAGAACGGAAGUGGAGAUGCUGGUACCUGAGAAACGGGAAAUAACGUCAAAUCUGUAUCUUUAUGGCACUUUACCUCCUAGUGAAAAUCUGAAUGUUGAGGUGCGUUCCAAGAAGACUGUGGAGAGCAAUGCGGAUACUUUGGAGAAGACGAGCCCUGAGGAGAUUGAUAAAGUAGGAAGGGAUAUGAAAACUGCAAAUGAGAACAUUUGUCGGAAAAUCGAAGAGUCUGUGGCAAACAGUCGUAGGUCGUAAGUACUGCUAGUUUAUUUCGUUUUGCAUUUCUAGUGACUACCAUGGUAUGAUGCACCAUAGAAAAAUGGAUUUUCAUACGCUAUUUGCCAUGAGCAGUUUUGUUGGACUAGUUACAACUAUACUUUAAACGACUAAGUCAACAUUUGAGAGGUAGAAUGCAUUUUAAAUUUAGAUUACGUGUUCAGAAAAGAUAAAUUCCCUUCGAACUGUCUUGGAUUAAACGUAAAAGGAGUGUGGAUAAUAAGGGUCUUAAUUUGAGUCUUCGUAAGAAGAGCAGAGUUGCGUAUUUGGGUGGCGUGCAACUUCAUACAGUACACUACAUCAAGUUUAUCUUUGCUUUAAUGUUUUGUCGGCUUUUUAGUUUGGAACCAAGAAAACAUGCGGAGCUCCUCAUUCCUCAACAUGCCGGCUCGGUUCUAAUUUUCACUCCCCCUGGUACUCCACGGAGAAUGUCAGAUCCAUGCAUUGAUGCGAGUAGACUUGUUAACGGCCAUGCUGACGCCAUCGAACAGCCAAAGGUGGAAUCAGAGGCAUACUUGAUGACCACACCUCAAGACUUCAACUUUGAUGCAAUAGAAUUGACAAUUCCAUCUCCUUUCGUGAAUGGGGAAGCCCCAGAUUUAGAGAAGGAAUUUGCGCUGCAAAGGAUGAACGACAUCACUGACACGUUAAUUGAAACUGAGGAGAAAUAUGUGGAUGAUUUGAGAUCUCUCGCCGAGGUAUGUAGUUUGAUUUACAGUCGACUCCCGUUAACUCGAACCUUCAAGGAAAAUCGAAAAAGUUCGAGUUAUCGGGAGCUUGAAGAAAAUAGCCGGAAUUAAGGUAAUAUACGUUUUUUACUGUACAGUGAACAUUUUACUCACAUUUUAUUGUAGAAAUGUAUAGUAAAAAUUGAAAGAUACUUUUAGAUUGUAAAUCAGAACUUGACGUAACAGUCCAUGGCCUAAAGAAAGCGUGCGUUUUACUGUUCAGAGAAGUAAAGCUGUUUCACGUUAGAUUUGUGAGAAGCAACAUAAGCCUCCACUAGUAAACUAUAUGUCUAAAACACGUCAAUGGGACUUCAAAAUCCAGUGUUUCGGACGCCAGUACACUGGUUUUUCCCGACUUUUUAAGGAAUCAAAACCUGGUUCGAGUUAUCGAGGGUAAAAUUACUAUGAUAUAGAAAUGAUUUGGAGGGAAACACUAAUUCCUUCGAGUUAGCGGGAGUUUUGACUCAUUGAGGGUUCGAGUUACCGAGGGUAAAAUUACAGUAAAUGAAUAGAGGAAAUCCAGGGGACGUCGAUUUUGGUUCGUGUUAGCGAGGGUUCGAGUUAUCGGGAGUCAACUGUAGUAGUAUAAGAAACAUAGGACACGGUAUGUUAUCGAUACCCGGUUCUAAGUAGUUUGCUACAGAGCCGUUUUUAGUGUCGUCACGCAACGCUCCUCCCUACUAAUGGGGACUAGUGGGGAGGAGCGUUAGGUGACGACACUAAAAACGGCUCUGUAGCAGACUAGGUUCCAAGAAAACGGUUAAAGAAAAGUCGCAGGCAAGUAUAUUAAGACAGCGCCUUGCGCUGUUUUGGAUAUCGGACAAAAAGCACUCUGUGCAGUGUUUGAUAUAGCUUCUUUUCAUUUCGUAAAAUGUUAUGGAAAAAAGUAGCAGUACGGUUUGCCCCAAUGUUGUUGACUGCAGUGACUCAUUUUGUUUUCAGGUCAUUUUAUCAGUUAUUUCAGAAGGUGAAAUUACUAAAUGCUGCUACGCUGGCUUUCUUGAAGUGUGUCAUAUUCUGUUUUAAUCAUUCGCACAUUGUUCUCAGGGAAUGCUGAUGUUGAACAUCACCUUUGAACUCUACUUCUAGGUUGUUUUAUUUUAGUCAUGUGUCAGGAAUUUGCAUGUAACAUUAUUCCUUGAUCAAUACACACACUCCAACGACAAUAAGAGACCAAAAUUAUCAUGUCAAGUUGUUUGCUCUUUUGCAGGAUUACAUCUAUCAGCUUGAAAAGGCACCCCCAGAGGUCGCAGACUGUAAGGACACCAUCUUUAUCAACUCUGAAGAUGUUUUCUUCUUCCAUAAAGUGUAAGACACAUAUGAGCGUUAAAAUAAUAACACCUUGAAAGUUGUGUUGAUCCCCAAGUCCCAAGCCUUCCUAGUUUGUAUUUGCAAGAAUUGCAAGUGAAGAACUGUGUGAUGCUAACCUGCCAGAUGUUUUCUGGCUUGUUACUUGUAACUUAACAUUUGCGUAUCUUAUAGGAUCUUUUGUGAUGAGCUGAGGAAGUGCCGAGGAAAUCCUUCGCAAAUCGGAAAAGUGUUUGUGAAACGGGUAAGUAGCUUUGUAAUUGAAAGGGUCAGCAGGGAUGGUCAAAUCAGUCAGUUGUCAUGAGGGCUGGUUCCCAUACAGAAACAAAGUCAAAAGCAUUUAACCUGCUCGGUCAUCAUUUCCGAGCGCAGCUAGAAAUUCGCCGGACAUGGGCACAUUUAGCUCUGACAUUGUCCCAUGACUUAUCGAUAUUUGCUGCUUUGUAUGGGAUACGCUAAAUACAGGUUUCACUGUAUGACUUUUUACUGUAUCUUUUGUUUCCUUGAAGGAGAAUGAGCUUGACAGAUACAUAAUCUACUGUGAUGGAAAAGGUGACUCGGACAACUUUUUAGAGUCACAUCCGAAAGACUUUUUCAAGGUGGGUUUUGAGAAUUUGAUAAGCUUUGUCUUAAUUUUAAGAAGCCAGUUGUUUUCUUCUCAACUGGCAAUUCCAAGAUCCUGAUUAGUAUGGAUCGUUUGAUACGUUUUCAGUAUUAAUUCUGGUGCUUAGUACCUUUCCCAAAUGUGUUUCUUUGUUGUAGGUGUGUGAAGCAGAAAGUUCUUGUCGUCCCGUUGAAGAACUCCUUGAUCGCCCAGUUGAGCGUAUUUUGGAGUACAGAGCUUACUUGACUGAUCUGUUACAAUGUGGAAGGAAGGCCGGCGUCGACACCCAUGAUCUUGAGGUAAAGUCUUUAGUCUUUUGCUAUCAUCUACUGGCAGGUAAUUGUAUGAUUACUUAAUGCUAAUUUAUAUAGAUUGCUAACUAUUUUCUGUUGGCCUCUAUUUCCGUGAUUUAGUUCAAUAUGUUGUGUUGUCUUCUCGUUUAUGGGACCAAAAUGAGCAAAAGAUGUUUCUUUUUCAGGCUGGGAAGGAAGUUAUAGAUAGACUUUGUGCCGAAAUAACUCAGCAUACCCAGUAAGUUACCUGCACUUGAGAUUUGUUUAGAAUUGACCCUGAUAUGUCUCUUUUCUAGGAAUAUAUGUUAACUGCAUAUUUUUUCAUAUACUUUCCCUUUCCUUAUUUGUUUCGUUUUGAAGUCCUCUGAUGCAUAUUUAGCAUAGUGAUAAAACUCCCUAGUUCCUCAAACACAAAUCGUUAGACUUUCUUAAGUUUCAGGUUUCGGUGUGGAAGAACCAUAGAUUUAUUGCCUUUGAGAGUUUUUUCCCUGUUUAAAUCAAGAUUCUUUGUGUUUAGCUACGCACAGACGCAUUCUCCAAAAGCUAGUUAUGUUAAUUGUCCCUAUAUCUGUUUUCAUAACCUUUUUACUAUUUUCUAGGUUUGAGAUCCUAAUCAGUGAAAUUCCCAAAGAGGUGGAGUUUUGCGUUGCGCUAGAAGAUUACCGAGACGAACUUAACAACAUAUGCCUUCAAAAAGAAGAGACUGUUUUGGUUCUCGAUAGGAUAUCACGCCCAGGAAUGUACAAAGUUGUCAGGUUCAGAUCAGAUGGCUCGAAGGGCGAUGAAGUUUGGGUGCCAUCAACAGUUUUAAAGCGCAAGAAGUCAACGGCCGAGAUCAUCAUGCCAGCUGAGUAUAUUGUGAAGCUUAAAUCAAAACCUGCGCCUAAGGUACCUCAGGAGAUUGCUCAAUUUACCAUCCCUGUUCCGGAAAGGGAAGUCGUUGUCGAAAUGACACCAGUCGAUUUGUCGUCAGCUCCAGUGGCACCUGAAUUUAUAUUGCCACUGGAAGAUCAAAAGGCCAAAGAGGGUAGUCCAACACAGCUAGAUGCCCGUGUGUCUGGAAUUCCUGAACCAGAAAUAUCUUGGUUAAAGGACGAUCGACCUGUCAGGACCGGAGAGCGUAUCCAUGCAGAGAGGGAAGGCGAUUUGUACUCGCUAAAAAUAUCAGAUGUUGAUAUUGAAGAUGAAGGGACAUAUAUUUGCCAAGCCAGCAAUAUAGCGGGAACGGCGACUUCUUCCGCAGACCUUAAUGUUGAAUGUAAGAAAAACACUGUGCUACUGAUAUGCUGAAUUAAUCACAAGUUAUCUUUUGUGACUGCGUGUUAAUUUGAGAGUUUUUUUCUGGUAAAGAAGAAGCCAUUUAAGCAUUGGUUUAGAUGCCUCUUACAUGCUUAUUUUUCUUUUGUGUUUUUAACAGCUAGCGAAUCAGAGGAAGAGCCAGAUGAAGAGGAACCACAGACGGUUGUGAUUAAACUGUGAGUUUUCUUUUAAAUAAGUGAAAUAAGUGAGGUGGAAGGAUAAGUGCAGUUGGUUAGUGCGCUGCCGUCUGUGCAGGAGGUCCCGAGUUCCAUUCCCUGGUGUGACUACAAAUCCUUUUUUCGACUUCUUUCCUUUCCGUGUAGCUUUAAGUUGCUUUAAAUACCCGUUAAACAGAGCGCUGAAGGAGUGAGGGGCUAAAAUGACCGCACCGUCAGCCUUAGGUUUGUUAGUCAGAUGACUAUUUCGAGCUACUGUCGUAAAAUAUGGACCCUUAAACUUUAGGUGUUAGAAUCGUGACUGUGAAAUGAACUUACAAUGUUAAAAGUCCAAAUUGGUAAGAGCCUGAUAAACAAUGCUAUUUUGUUGUGGUGGAACGGUAGAAUGUGGUGUUGCAAGUCCAUCUGGCUGACAGGAAACACGAUCUGACUGACCCCCGAUUUAGAGAAACCAAUACAUCUUCCAAACUAACUAGAACGUUUUUGUUUUAAUUGUUGCAGAGAUCCAAAGCAACCUCCUCCUACAGUGAGUUUCACACUUGGUGGAAAAGAUAAUACUGAUUUGCAGCCCAUUCAAGUUCAACUUCCCACUUCUGGUGACAUAAGUGCCUCUGAGAUCCAUGUGAUGACAGAGAGCGUACUUAAUACUCGACGGCGAUCUAUACCUCCGGAAUUUUCUACUGAGCUACUUGACAAGACAAUAGAAGAAGGCGAUUCUGUGGAAAUGCAAAUAUUCGUCACUGGCACACCUCCGCCAGAAGUUGUGUGGUACAAAGAUGACCAGCCAAUUACAAUUUAUCCACACAGGCGAUUUCACGCAGUGAGAUACAAUGAUGUUUGCAGCCUGGAGAUCAAAGAUGCACGAUGCAGUGACCAAGGAAACUACACCUGCCGAGCUAAGAACACUGCUGGAGAAGUCACAAAGUCGUGCAAACUAACUGUCACACAGGUCACACCAACAAGCCCUCCUGCCUUUGUAAAACAAUUAAAGGACGUUUUCAUUGUUGAAGGGUCCUGUACUCGAUUUGAUGUCAAAGUCACAGGAAUGCCAGAACCUGAAGUGAGUUGGUACAAGGAUGGACAGCCUGUGAAAAAGGACGAGCACAUAGAGAUUAUUCAUGAUGAAGACACCUCUGCACUAAUCCUCAUGUACAGCAAGGCAGACGAUGCAGGGGAUUACACUUGUAAGGCUGUGAACGAGGCCGGAGAUGCUGAGUCGUCAGCACAUUUGCACAUCUCACCACUGCAAAUACCUGCAAAAUUUACGUUACCGUUGGAAAAUGUUGAUGUUGCAGAAGGAGAGCCAGCGAAACUUAAAUGUACAGUCAUUGGGAGGCCAGAUCCAAACAUUGCUUGGUUUAAAGGUCAACAACAACUUCAUGAAAAUAGCCGGUUUCAAAUGAUGGUGACUCCCGAUAACUCUUGCAUCUUGAGCAUACUGAGGGUCGACAUGAAUGAUGAAGGAACUUACACUUGCAAAGCGACUAACUCUGUAGGGAAAGAUAGCUGUUCAGCUAAUGUGACAGUCCACGGUGAGGGUAAAUCUCCAGAGUUUACCAAGGUACUGGAGAACAUUGAAAUACCCGAUGGUAAUCCAGUGCGGUUUGAGGUACAUGUCGAAGGAAAGCCAACACCGUUGGUAGAAUGGUUCAAGGGAUCAAAACUCGUAAAAGCUGCUCCUAGGCUCGAAGUUCAAGCAAAUGAAAACUUCCAUACCUUGGUCAUAACAAACUGUAGAGAUGAUGACAGUGGUACAUACACAUGCAAGGCCCAAAACAAGUUCGGCACAACUACUUGUGAAGCAACACUUGUUGUUGCAGAAGACACUGUACCACCAAGGUUUACCAAAAAGCUAUAUGACUCGACGGCAGAUGCUGGAAACACUGUAGAAUUUUCUGUUAAGUACAUUGGCAGUCCAGAGCCAAAGGUAAAAUGGUUUUUAGAUGAUGAGGAGGUGUCUGAAGAUGAUGAAGGCAUGGAUAUAGAGACUGAGCCAGGAUCAUCGUUGCUUGUGCUUGAGGACAUAGGACCAAAUGACUCUGGGCAGUAUAAAUGCAUCAUAACAAAUAUUGCAGGCAAGGCUGUUACAAGUGCACAGCUUAGGGUGGUAGAGGAAGUGGUUAAGACUACCCGUGCCAAGAUCCCAGAUGUGACAGAUUUAGCUCCACCUGCUGAAAUAGAGCCAAGUGGGAAACCACCGGCAUUCAUAAAAAAACUGUCAACUCUUCAUGUAAAUGAGGGAGAUAAUGUAAGCUUGGAAGUUAUAGUUGAUGGAUCACCAAAGCCAACCUUGCAGUGGUUUGUUGAAAACGAAUUGGUUGAAGAAGACAAGAAUACCCACAUUAUUCAGGAGGGAAAUAAACAUUCUCUGGUUAUUGAUCGUGCGGUGUUAGAUGAUGAAGCCGAAUAUAAAUGUGUGGCAGAAAAUUCUCUGGGAAGAGUAGAAUGUUUGGCCGAGCUGCUAGUUGACGAGAUCGCCUCUAAGCCAGAGUUUGUUCAACCACUAAAGCCUCUUGAAGUUGAGGAACAAAGCGAUGCCACAUUUGAGAUACAGGUGAAGGGAAGCCCAGAGCCAGAUGUUACAUGGUUGAUGAACGAUGUGCCAAUUACAGCGGGUGGCAGAUACGAAGAAGCGAAAGCCGACGAUUUGCAUAGACUUAUUAUCCACAACGCAAUACCUGAAGACUCUGGUGAAGUCAAAUGCCAAGCUGUCAACGAUGCAGGCAAAGUUGAAAGCGUUGCACCACUGCAUGUUAAACCACUCUUUGUAGAGGAACCGUCUGUAGCUCCUUCUUUUCUGAAGAAACCUGAAAGUGCCCGUCUUGUUGAAGGAGGUAGUGCUUCCUUCGAAGUAAAAGUAGAUGGGUUACCCACACCCACGGUUAUCUGGUACACAGAACAGGAAGAAGAAAUACCUGAAAGAGGGCAUAUCCGUUGUUUGCCCGAUGGGACACUGGUCAUUGAAAACGCUGAACUCGACGAUGAGGGAAUUUAUAGAUGUGUUGCUUCAAGUAAAGCUGGGGAAGUGUCAUGUAAAGUGGAGGUAUUUGUCGAAAAAGCCAUCCCCAGUAUUAACGAGGUUGUGGAAGAAGUUCCAGUAUUUCAAAACCUACCUGUGGAAAAUGAGAUUCCUCUUGACGGAGUGCUCGGUGUUCCAAAAGCGGAAAAGAACAUACCUCCUAAAAUUACAAAAAGAUUGCAAGAUGUCACUGUGACGGAGGGAGAUACAGCUCGAUUUGAAGUUAAUGUUUCUGGCGUUCCGACACCACUUGGUCACUGGUCCACAAACAACGCAGAGAUAAUGGAAAAUGACGAGACUAUUUUGGAAACGAUUGGUGAUACUUACAAACUUAUUUUAAGGGACGUUCUCCCAGAUGACGAGGGGGAGUACACUUUCACUGCCGCAAAUGAAGCUGGUAAAGUUUCGUGUACGGGAAAGCUUUCUGUUCGAGAGCAGAUUAAGAAGCCGUCUUUCUUGGAAGUCUUAAGAGACCUUGAGGUCUGUGAGAACAGUGAUGUGAGGCUGGAGGUGCGUAUUCAAGGGACUGAGCCUGAUAUUGAUUGGUACAGGAAUGGUGUUCCUAUCGAGGAAACAUCUCGGGUAGAAUUUGUGGAUAACGAGGAAAGGGGAAGCUACGCAUGCCUAAUCUAUGGUAUCACUCCUGAAGAUCAAGGCACUUAUAGGUGUACAGCAGCAAACGAGGCUGGUGAAGCAACGUGUGAAGGAAAGGUGACUGUUAAAGAAAAUAUCAUCCCACCAAAGUUUCUCCAGUGCCUCGAAAACAGGAAGGUUGUUGAAGGAUCUGAUGUGGACUUAGAAGUGGAGGUUAGCGGCAGGCCCAAACCAACCCUCAAAUGGCUCAAAGAUGGGGAAGAUGUUGCCCCCGAUAAUCACCUUCAAUUUGACAUGGACGGACGCAUUCACACAUUGUCCAUUACUCGUUCUAGAAUAGCAGAUAGUGGGAAAUAUAGCUGUGUUGCUUCAAACAGUGGUGGCAGGGACACUUGUGCGGCUACUCUUGAAGUCGAAAAGGAGAUGCAUGCUCCAGAAUUCCUUGUCCAUCCUGAGGGGGCCCAGAUUGUCGAAGGAGGCCAAGCUCGCUUAGAAGCCAUUGUUUCAGGUUUACCAGAGCCAGAAAUUGAGUGGUUUAAAGAUGGAAAGCUGAUACGGGACAGUCAUCAUUUCAAGCUAGAGUUCGAUGGAAACAGAUCCGUUCUUACUAUCAAGGAUGCGAAGCAGACCGAUGAUGGUGAAUUCACUUGCACAGCAACUAAUGAAGUGGGUAGAGUGUCUCAUGCUGUAGAACUAAUUGUUGAAGAGGCAGUUGUGGCUCCUGAAUUUGUUAAGAAAAUGACCAGUAUUGAGUUGUGUGAAGGGGAUUUGGCCCGAUUCGAUGUCCGUGUCUCUGGUACCCCACAACCGGGAGUACAGUGGUUUAAGAAUGACAACUCUUUAGAUGGCGAUGAACGCUAUGAAUUCCUGUCAGAUGAUGAUAUGCAUUCCCUGGAACUAUCCAAUUGCCUAUUGUCUGAUGGUGGAGUAUACCGCUGUACUGCGUCAAAUGAAGCUGGACAGGCAUCUUGCAUUGGAGAACUGACUGUCACCGAGAAACCUAUCCCCCCUGUGUUUACAGAUGAGCCUACCUUUCCAAAGGAAGUGGGACAAGGUGGCGAUAUUGUGUUGCAGGCAACAGUCAGCGGAAAGCCUGUACCAACUGUAGAGUGGGUCAAAGAUGAUAGCAAAGUAGAGGACAGCAGCCGUUUUAACAUCAAAGCCGAGGAUGGGAAACACACCUUGACCAUUGCAGGUGCUGGCCCCGAUGACUCCGGUGUUUACAAAUGUGUGGCAAGUAACCCAGCUGGAACAUCCACCAGAACAUACAAUGUAAACAUUGAAGGUAACCAUUUUUAUAUACCUAGCAAAAUGAUAAUCAUGUUGACUAUCAGAUUAAAUUAAUUAUGAAUUAUGUGAUAUUUCCUUGCGUUUGAGACCUGUUAAGUGGUUCACGAACGAACUAGACCAAAGAGUAGUAGGCUUCUGCAAUAGAGGCAUGCUGAGUUUGAGCCUUUUGGUAAACGUGAUAGGUGCAUGUGAAAACAAAGUGAAGAGAAGUUUUCUUUUAUGUUUGUUUUUUUUUUGGUGUUAUUUUUGUAUCGAUCAGCCAGAGUCGUCCAUUUAAUUGAGAAUGAAACCUUUACACCCUUAAAUUAUUUUGAUUGGCCAAAAUCUCUGAGUUGCAGCUAGCUGAUUUUUUUCGCUUCCUCUCUCCUCAUUGGUGACCCACAAGAAUCAUAGAGAUCGAAAAUCAGCACAAGUUAGGCAUGAAGUGGCUAUUAAGCCCCAUAGGCAGCAAUAGUGCAAAAUGGCCAAAACGAUUUUUUUUGCGGGGGGGUGGUCGGGAAGGAAGGAUGCUGAGUAUGACAAGGUGAAAAAUGUCCAUUUGUCAAACAUAACCAAUGACUCUCAUCAGCAGGGCGAGAUAUUCGCACUAUUGCUAUUAUGUUCUGGUCACUCGUUACAAAUCCUUUUAUAUUUGAGUUCGAUCAUAACGGUGUAACCCUAGUCAUGUUUGGAGGGUGACUCAACGUAACUCAAAAAUCGAAAUGCUAGAUAUUUUUUAACUCGUCGUUUAAAGCUUUAUAGUUUUAUAGUAUAACCUGAUUAAUCAAAUCCACAGAAGGCGCUUUGCCGCUAUCAAGUGACUAUACGCCAUUCAUAUGAUUCCUUUGAAGGGCUGUUCUUAUCUAAUGGAGUAUACUUGGCAGACCUCAAGGCUUACUCUAGCUUACUCUAGUGAACAUCAACGUAGGCAGUAACUCGCAUGCUUGCAUUUCCUCUUAAAAUGUUGCGGCUGUUAAUGCUUAUGUGACGUACAGUGUAAACUUCCGUCUUGGAAACAUGUUGCAUUUGUUUUGUGAUCUAGUUAAUGUUGUGCCUCAGUAUAGCCAUAAUGUAAAGCGUAAAUGGCGCUCAAUGAAUUGUUUUAAUGUAGCUCCAAAGUAACCUGUGUUUGUCCUUUAAUGGACUUGUUGAUGGGCUGUUCUUACUUUUAAAUUUAAUUAAAGUAACAUUGGUAUAAGAAAGUAAUAAUAACAAAGUCACGGCACCUGCAUAAAGCACAGCUUUUCUUCUAUGUAUUUCCUUUUGUGUGUCAUAUGUUAUUUUCUUCGGGAACUUCGGGACUAACUGUUAAGACAGUUCUUAGUGGUUUCGGCUUCAGACAAAGUUAUGUUUCUGGUACUCUUGUACAACAUCGUCUAUUCUGCAGCUUACCAAGUGAGAUCUUGCGGUUGAGAUUAUAGAAUGAGUUAGAUUGUUAUCUGUUGUUGGGACAGCUUUAUAUUCACUUUGUGUAAGUAUAUUUCUGCUCGACGUUGUGUGCACCAUGCAUGGAAAAAAUCUCCAGUUCAGCUUUGGUCUUGCUUUUUUUAAAAUAAUACCCUGAUGAAUGAAAUGAAGCCGAGGAGGGCAGCUGUAUAAGGGUUCACUGAAGCGAUGGGAAUAGUUUAACUCAAAUUGAGCUUUAGGUACUAAAGAUGCAUGCAUUUAGAUGUUCAUGAUAAGCACUUUUGCUUUGUUUGAGGGACUUUCUUUAUAUGAUGCUUUUACUAUGUUAGUUGCUUAGAACUGCAGAAUAGUCAUUGGCACAUCCUAUUGGUUGUUGCUUUUGAUGUGUCAAUUGCCAUUGGCGUCCUUAAAACAGGUUCUAAGUAGCUGAGUAAGCAAAAACUUCGCUUAAAGGGUGCUGUCUUGUAUCUCAGCUCGUGUGUCCCGUGCUGUUCGUACGUCGUUCGUGCUUUGACACAUUCGCCGGAGUGAACGUGGAAGAAAUCUGCUUUAUGCGUUUGUUUUCAUAUAGCGGCAAAACCACAAGGAUGUGCGCCAGAGUUUGUAAAGACCCUACAGUCGUCAACAGCUGUUGAAAAUUCUCCUGUCACUUUAGAAUGCGAGGUAAUUGGUUCACCCGAAAUUUCCGUUGAGUGGCGCAAAGAUGAUGCACGUUUAAGGCAGACGACACGUGUUAGGACUGAGUUUGAUGGUAAAGUCUGCCGUUUGAUAAUCUUUCGUGCAGAACUGGAUGAUGAAGCUGAUUACCAAUGUGUGGCUAAGAAUGACUUUGGAGUGGCUUCAACAGAGUGUGAACUACUUGUAGAAGAGGAAAACAGUGUACCCUUCUUUAAACAGAAAGCUGAGAGUCAAACGAUAUCAGAAGGCCAGUCUGUAACGUUCAGUGUUAUUGUGGCUGGUAAUCCACCUCCUGAAGUCGAUUGGCUGAAGGAUGGAGAAGUGAUUGAAGAUAAUGGACGAUUUGUAAUUAAGGAAGACGUUGAGCAUGGAAAAUUCUCCCUCAUUAUUGAGCAGACGGCAUUCAAAGAUGCUGGGACAUAUAAGUGUGUAGCCUUUAACGAAGCAGGCGAAGCCUCAUGCAAGACUAGUUUGGUGAUGAUUCCAUCAUCUGGAGAGAUUGAACCCAUUGUUGAAGAUGCUCUAAGAGCGGAGGUGGAAAUGCCGUUUGAGUUUCAAAUCAAUUCAGUCGUUUUUGAACCAGUUAAUGUUACUGGUAAGCCACAGCCUAUCCUGAAAACUGCGGAAAUUGCUAAAUACAAACCAGAAAGGAACAGCAUUUCAGCUGCCAGGGAGGGGCCAACAUUUGAAUUGACAACUACAAAGCAGGAACACCAGGUUCCCCAGUUCAUAGCAUUGCCUGAAGGUUGCAGCCCCUUCGAUGUUAACCCUGAUGGUGAUGUAAAAUUACAAGUUAGGGUUAGUGGCAGACCUCUUCCAGAAGUGAACUGGCUCAAGAAUGAUGAGCCUUUGCAAGUCAGCGAUAGUCUGACGUUACAUUCUGACGGUGACAGACACACGUUGAGUAUCCAAGGGCCUACCCCAAAGGAUAAAGGAGUAUACAAGUGCGUAGCAUCGAACGAUGCCGGAACUGCCACAAGAAGCUUUGAUGUGAAUAUAGAGGGCAAUCCUGACUGGGUGAUGCCUUCUUUCCAAGAUCAUUUAGCAAGUGCUUUUCAGAUUUCUGAUGACGGUGAUGUGACAAUGGAAGUAAAAGUUGCAGGAAAUCCUUUCCCGGAGAUUGAGUGGACACGGGAUGGUGAGCCGAUCAAGGAGAGUGAUCGUAUCCACGUUUUGAGGAAAAUUGACGACAUAUAUAGCUUAGUCAUCAGAGGAGCUGGACCUAAAGAUGAGGGGGAGUACACUUGCACAGCAACUAACCCUGCUGGAAAAACGAUGAGAACAUUCACUCUUAACAUCGACGAUACAACCUCUAAACAUGCUGCUCCAGUGGAAGAAGCAGUUGCUCCUCCAAGAGUCAUGGAACUUCCAGAGAAAAGAGCCUCAUUUCAUAUUUCCUAUGAAGGCGAUGUCAAACUGCAGGUCAAAUUUAGUGGCCAGCCGGAGAUUGAGUGGUCCAAAGAUGGAAAACCCGUACAUAACAGCAGUCACAUUCAAUUACAGUCGAAAGAAGGCGUGCACACAUUGCUUAUAAAGGGUGCUACUCCAAAUGACAAGGGCCUUUACAAAUGCACAGCUACUAAUAAAGCAGGGAUGGCAUGGAAGACUUUCACGGUGGAAUUUGAAGGGAAGGGAGAAAAGCCAGUGAAAGUGGGCUCUGAGUUAAAGAGACCAACAUUUGUGGAGGACAAAUCUGUUGUACCUUUUGAAAUAACCAAAGAAGGAGAUGUUCAACUAAAAGCAAGAGUUGAGGGAAAACCGCAUCCUGAGGUAGAAUGGGACAAGGACGAUGUUCCUCUGCAAGAGAGCGAGCGUAUAACAAUCACGUCAGAGGAUGACAUGCAUAUGUUGCUAAUUAAAAGACCAACAAUGGAUGACAAGGGAACUUAUAAGCUUACUGCUACUAAUGAAGCUGGAGUUGGAACUCGCGCUUUCAAUGUUGAGAUUGCAGGUAGCUCAGCUAUUUCUCUGUUGCUGUUUUUUUAAAGGUGUAUCUGUUUUCUCCUUCAUAAAUUCUUGUUAAAUCGUUUGGUGCUUGGGGUAAAGCUUUGUAGUGUUUUCGUCUUUGAUAAAGUAAGUUAAAUCUGGGCUUACAUGUGUAUUUAAUGGUGUAAAUCCUGUAAACUUGACAUUAAGAGAACCAUUCUAGGUUAAAUUGUAAACGGUUUCAACUAACAACUUUUACAGAGAUUGAGUAAAUAAAUGGACUAACCACUCUAACAUAAUGUAACUGCAUUUUUAUUCCGUUGAAGCAUCAUUUUUUUUUUUUAACUUAAACUGCGUACCGUAGGUGCGAAGAAAGCCAGCUUGGUGCCUGAGAUCAUUAAACCACUUGAAGACGUAGAGGUCCUCCAAAGACAGCCCAUCAUUUUGGAAUGUCAUGUCGCUGGUGCAACUGAUGCCCAAGUUAGGUGGUUUCAUAACGACGAUCUUAUUGCAGACAGCGAACGGAUAUCAACCUCAUUUGACGGCAGGGUUUGCAUCCUGUCCAUUGAAGUCUCAACACUGGACGAUGAAGGAGACUACAUUUGUCAAGUGGAGAAUGAUCAAGGUGUUGUAUCGACCGCUUCAGAGGUUUUAGUUGAAGAGGGAAUGGCAUUGCCAGUGAUCACAGAAAAGAUGCGCAAUGUGAACUUGAAAGAAGGCGAGAAUGCUUGUUUUGAUGUCCGUGUAGUCGGAAAUCCUGAACCAGUUGUAGAAUGGUUCAAGGAUGGUACACAGUUGGAAGAUGAGGAUCGAGUCAUGAUCAUAGAUGAUGUUGAUGACAACGAGCCGGAGUUGUUCUCCCUCGUAAUUGAAAAGUGCUUGCCUUCCGAUGCUGGCGAAUACGAAUGUUUGGCCAUGAAUGAGGCUGGAAAAGCCUCUUGCGCUGCACAUUUGAUGGUCACUCCCAUAUCUGACUCGGAUGUUGCUGAAAUUCCCUUGGAGUUUGCAGAAGGCGAUGAUGUGUUAUUGAAGGCUUUGAUGAGUGCCGACAGCCCUGAAGUUAAUUGGCUGAGAGAUGAUGAACCUAUUAAGCAGAGCAGUCAUUAUGAGAUUGACGCCAAGGGAGGCGUACACACCCUGACGAUUAAGGAUGCAUCUCCGGAAGAUUCGGGUGUUUACAAGUGUGAGACUCCUGAUGAUAGCACAAGCACAAGUACAUUCAAUGUCACCAUAAAGGGUAACCAUUACAUAGCACUUGCACAUUUGUACUCUGCAUCGGCUGAUGCUCCAUAUGCUAAGUCGAAUGGACUAACCGUAUGUUGUGGCUCAAUUUAUCCUAGGUUUAAAUUUCAUUUUUCUUUGUUUCAGUCAUUAUAAUACUUUGUCUACCCCCAAACAAGAAAAAUAUAAUUAAAGCAAAGGAUACAAUCGAACCACAGCACACGUAUCGGCAUUUAUUUGUGUCUUUUUUGAAACAUGUUGGAGUUAAGCAUAUGGAGUUCUCUUUCAUUACAAGGUCUACUGUUUCACUUGUAGGCUACUCCUCUCGAGUAGGCUAUAAUUGAAAUAUUUAGGUUAAGCGUUUUUUUUAAAUAACUGGAAUUCAGAAGUUGUGAUAAAAUUUAAGUUUUAAUCAAUUUCACGUCCACCACAUGUUCACUUUAUAUUUUCCAUCCACAUUCAACAUGGUAAGGUUUUUUCCAGUAGUGACGUCUUUUGUCCUUGUUUUGGGCAACUGAAUUACUUAACAGCGUGCCACUUCCUGGGAGGGUGCUAAGAUUUCUGAAAUCGUGACCAGCCCUUGCGGAGCAACUUGUAGGUCGCCUGUUUUCAUUUGCAACUAAUAAUCUGUAAGUGUUCAUAUUUAUUGCCCAAACGAUUUCAGAAAUCUAAGUGCCACCUGGUGCUCAGCCUCUCGAGAUUUUUGUCAAAUAAUGAACUGGUUUGCUUUUCGAAAUUUCUGUUCAUCACAUUUAACUCUUUUUUGUUUUAUGUGUUAUUUUCGUUUUGUUUUAAGGCAAAGAUUCUGUAGAUGGUGUUAGACCUGAGGUGAUUGCAGAAGCCACGCCCGUGGAAGUCACUGAAGGAGACGUUGCCAAGCUUACCUGUAAAGUGUCAGGGAAUCCAAGGCCAAUAGUAACGUGGCUCCAAGAUGGCGAGCCAGUGGAAACAGAUAACCGUGUCGUCAGUGAGAUCGAUGGUAAUGUUUACUCACUUUGCUUUAGAAGUACUGUAUUGGAUGAUGAAGGAGAAUAUCAGUGCAAAGCACAGAAUGAUUGUGGUUCUUCAGUGUGUAUCUUGGAACUUCUUAUCAAUGAGAUUGAUGUCAGUGAACCUCAAGCCAAACCAGAGUUCCUUGAGAAGAUGGUAGAUUUAGAUGUCUUUGAAGGAGAUUCCCCAACCUUCAGCGUUAGAGUCAAAGGUAACCCGCAACCAAAAGUGGAGUGGCUUUCUUCAGUCAAAGAAAUCACUACUGGUGGUCGAUUUGUAGUGGAAUCAACGGACGACGGCCACUCUUUCACUAUUAAUGACUGUGAGUUAAAGGACAAAGGCAGGUAUAAAUGCGUUGCAUCUAAUGUCGAGGGAAAGGCUGUUUGUUCCGCGUCAUUAACUGUCAAGGAGAGGUUGAUUGCACCCGAGUUUCAAGAGCCUGCUUGUGAUGUGCAAUUAGAGGUAGAUGAAGGAAGUGAGGAGACGCUUCAAGCGGAGGUUAUAGGGAAGCCAAAACCAUCCGUUAAAUGGUACAAAGAUGACAAACCCAUCAGUCGAACAAGUAGCAAAUAUAAGACUGGGGUGCAAGGAAACAAACACGAGUUGGUCAUCUCAGGGGCAAAACCUGACGAUUCUGGAACCUACCAGUGUAAAGCUACCAGUCCUGCUGGGAUUGCAACCAGGAAUUUUAACGUUAAUAUCAAGGGUAAGCUGUGAAAAUUUUCACCAAUUAACGACCUUACGAUCCGAGGACGGCGACUGCAGCGAAAAGGUUGCUAAAAUGUGAACUGGCGUCUUUUCAAAUUAUUUGAACAGACUUAUUUUAAAUGUAGGGGAAUUCUUGUGGAGCUGAAUUCCUUAGAUCCAUAUACAAGAUCAGAGAGAGAAAAGAAAUUCUAUCGUCCCUCUUUUACGCAGGCUACUUUUUUACGUCAUCCACAAAGCGUGAAAUUGGGCAUUUUCACGUCGUAGUUGUGCAGUGACGGCAAAGAAAUGUACAAAAAAUUGUGUUGCACGUGCAAAGUUGUUGUUUUGCUUAUUAAGGCUAUUUCAAAAGUAUUCUUUUUUGAUUCUUGCCGUCGCCGUCAAAGCGAAGACUACGACCGAAUUCAGUGUCACGGAUGGUUGUAUGGAGGCCUGUACAAAUGGGUGGCUUUAAAUGAUUUUUGAAAAACCACUGGCACUUCCAAGCAGAGCUGUUGGUUGCAGUCACAGUUUACGGAUUUCAAAAAAUUGUACAGAGCACUUAUGAACCCAGCAGUCGAACGAGCAACCAAGUAAAAAACGGGAAAUACAACUAUUAUCGUAACGAUAUUUCAGUUAUCGUGAUACUGUUGCAAUUGCCAAAAACCGUUAUGGUUAGACUUACUUCUAAACGCCAUCUUAUAUUUAUUGUAGGAGAGGAUGGAGGAGGAAAAGAAGCUGAAACGAAACCCACCGAGGAACUAGUAGUUGUACUAACUAACAUCCCAGUGAGCUCAACUCCAUUCGGAGAAAUACAGCUUAAGUUGCCAGUGAAGGAAGAUGAAUCAAAAGAGGAACCAAAAGGCAAACCGUCGUUUGAUGAGGUUCAGGUAUUGAACUAUCUUGAGUAAUCAUGUUACUUCAAUGUUGUUUAUCCUGAAGUAUAUAUUCUAGCAUGUAUAACACUUAAAACCUAGAGUACCUUAAAAAUUUUUAUUUCUUCUAGACAAUACAACUGUUUAGGUAAAAUGUACGUGAUAUUGCAUAAUAUUUCACAAUUAAUUAAUGAGGCUGAAUGUGAUGUAAAGAAUUAUGGAUAACGAGGAGAAUGUUAUCUAUAGGUGGAUAGCUUCUUCCCAGAUAAGCACAACCCUUCACAUCAUAAGAAAGAUUGUAAUAAGCUUACCUCCUCAUAGGCUUUCUCCAAAACGUUGGCCUAUUUCGUGGCACGGUUUCAGGAUAUAAACUGAGUUGCCCCUCUGUGUACUUUUGCUUUUCUUCCGUUCGGUGUUGGUCAGAAAUUCAGCUUUUCCGUCAUCGGAUAGCCGUGAACGCCAUUGGUUUAGUUCACUAUGGCUAGGCAGCCUCUUUCCAGGCAAAUAUACAAUCAACCAAACUCUUUUCCAAGAACAUAUACCAUCGCAUCUUCCAAAUUUGGUCAACGCGGACUGGAAGAAUUUGCCGGGGGAUUUGAGCCAAUCAGAAACGGCGAAAUCUUUUGACUGAAUAAUAUACUUAAUUGUAAUGCAUGUAUUUUAGGUUCCGUUUCCUGGACAGAGAGACGCGCCCUUGAUUCCGGACACCAUAUCAGCACUGGAGUACGAACCUGUUGAUCUGACGCUUCCAGUUGCUGCCGAGGCUGUGUUGCCCGAUUUUGUUGAUGUUCCUCAAGAUGUGAAGGUUACUGAAGGUGACAAAGCAGUCCUUAGAGUCAGGGUUAUUGGGCAGCCAACACCUGAUAUUGAAUGGUAUGUUGACGAUGAACCAAUCCGCCCAAAUGAUCGGAUAUCCGUGCAGGCAGAGGGAGAUCAACACGAGCUUGUUAUACCUAAAGCAGAGCUUGAUGACGAAGGAAUCUACAAGUGUGUGGCUAAAAAUGAGAUCGGGAAAGCCAUCUGUGAAGUGGAGUUGCUGGUUGAUGGUACGGUUUUGUGCGAUAAGUAGAGUAGCUCUUCUUGAUAUUAGUUGAAAUGAGUUAAGCGAAUUAUUUUCGUAGUUAUAUUUGUAAUAGUCUCAUGCAGAUACAUAAGGCACCACACACCUCCUACAAGUUUGGAUGAGUGUUAUUUACCUUUUAUUCUGUUUUUUUUUCUCUCUUUCCUUUAAAACACCAUCGUCGUGUUUUAUAAAUUUUGAUCUCUGACAUCCGAAACUGCUCGGUUUCAACGGAAUCGUAAUGAUCUUGCAAUGUCAGGAAAUCUUAUUAAAAAUCUGAAAUCUGAGUGAAAAGUAUACAAGUACUGUUUAAAAAGUCACGGUAGUUUAUCUAACUAUUAUUAACUUGUAUAUUUCCAGAAACAGGUCAAACUUUCAGCAUACAUGCUUUAAACCUCAUCCAUUUCCAUUUUGGAAACCUGUGUACAGCCGCCCCCUCCCCUACAUUCUGGUACUUUAGUGCCAAAUAUGUACAUUGCUAACAUAUUCAUUGUAGAUGAAACGAGAGGAUUAUAUUCAGCUUUCGUUUUAUUCAAGACUUUCAAUAGUAAGAGAACAACUGGACUUAGAAUUCUUUAGAAAUAGCACUAUCAUUUACUUGGAGCUAAAUCGCGUUUUGGUAUAAGAGAAUAACUAUAUUUAAAUUCCAGAAAUCAAAGAACCAAAAGAAGGAGCUGGUGGUCUUCAAAUUACAAAAGAGCUUGAGGACGUGGAAGUUGACGAAGGAGAGCCAGCUACUCUGGAGAUUUGGUUUGUGAGUGAUGCUCCUACUACUGUAUCUUGGUUCAAGGACAUGAAGCCUGUGGAGGAUGGGCGGAGAGUUAAGAUCAUUACAGAUGAAAACAGCAGUAAGGUGGUGAUCAAGAAAACUGGUGUCAAAGAUGAAGGGCUGUAUCGGUGUACACUGCAAAGUGCUGAUCAAGAACUGAGUUCCUCUGCUGAGUUGAUAGUUGAAGGUAUGUGCGUUACAUUUGUCUCAAAUACAGUCAACAGUCUCUUCACCCUUGAAGUCCCAAGAGUAGCCAGCAUCAAUUUUUUCCUUGCAAUGUAUAUUGACAAUCAAGAGAAGAGGUUAUGAGGAUGGAUGAAAUGAUUAUGAAAGAGAAAAUACUUUGACCAGAUUCUCAACUAAUUCUUCAACGAAAUAUAACGAGAUCAGUGUUGAAAAUUUGUAUGUGAAUAUUGGGGCUUAGAAGCUUAACGGAUACUGUAGUAAGGCGGAAAUCUUGAGUUGGUCCCUCCCGUUCUUCAGUCAUUUUCCUUGACAUUAUAAAGUGGACACCUUUCAAAAGGGACACUUAGUACCGGCCCUAUGGUUAUUCGGCCUCGAGAGUGAUAACUAUACUGUAACAGAGGCUUCUUACUGUUCGUAUUUCAGUUUAAGCAGUUUAAAAACAUCGUUGCAAAAAGGGCGCAGAAAUAAAGAUUGGCGAAUGUUGUGUUUGGAAUUUUUAAUACAACUGUUAAAUUUCUUUGUCAUUUUUUCUUACAGAACCAUCAGAUGACGAGAAAGUAAUGUAAGAAACCCCUGCUUUGUUUUUCUUUGAUUUUGUGUGGUCCUCUUGACCUAACUCCUAGACGCUUGUCUUGUUCUUUCAUUUUGUAAAGAGUCACAAAGUCCACGAUGUUUUUGACUGAGAUGUUUUGUCUUUAAACAGAAUCAAAAGACCAGUGCUGGUUCAGAAGUUUGAUGACCAAGAAAUCACAGAGGGAGAUAAACUUGAGCUCCAAAUCAAAUACAUCGGCUCUAAACCAGUAACCGUGACCUGGUACAGAGAUGAUGAAGUGAUAGUGGCUGAUGAGCGCCGUAAGAUGCUCUCUGAUGAUGAUAUCCAUCUGCUCCGAGUGGACCCAGUAGAGAUAGAUGAUGAGGCUAUAUACAAGUGCAUUGUGAAGAAUCAAGCUGGACAGGACCAGUGCGAAGCGGAGAUUUUAGUUGAAGGUAACAUGCAUUUGGUAGGCUUUUGUCACUACAUCCCUAGAGGCUGUGCUUAAACUAAGAAAUAUUCCAAAUAUUGCCUUAUAUGAUGAAGUGAAAAAAUAUUUAUAUUACCUGGUACUUGAAGGUGAGUCAUUGAUCAUUUCUUGCUGAGAUCUUACACGCUUCUUAAAUGUACUUUUUCAGAUAAAGUUGAAGAGGAAGAUGUUGAUGCAGGUGUCACCGGUAAUGUCAAUUUCUACACUGUCUUGAUUCUGAUUCUAACAAUAAUCUAAGUAGAUGGAUUACUACAGAUGAACCACUCAAAAUCUCAUUUGGAGUCCAUUUACUGUGGGUUUUGUCGUCCACGGUUUCUUUCUUUCCUUCUUUUUUUUUUGAUUUGGAAGUAAGGUUAGGCGGGCUAUUNUGAUAUCCAUCUGCUCCGAGUGGACCCAGUAGAGAUAGAUGAUGAGGCUAUAUACAAGUGCAUUGUGAAGAAUCAAGCUGGACAGGACCAGUGCGAAGCGGAGAUUUUAGUUGAAGGUAACAUGCAUUUGGAAGGCUUUUGUCACUACAUCCCUAGAGGCUGUGCUUAAACUAAGAAAUAUUCCAAAUAUUGCCUUCUAUGAUGAAGUGAAAAAAUAUUUAUAUUACCUAGUACUUACUUGAAGGUGAGUUAUUGAUCAUUUCUUGCUGAGCUCUUACACGCUACUUAAAUGUACUUUUUCAGAUAAAGUUGAAGAGGAAGAUGUUGAUGCAGGUGUCACCGGUAAUGUCAAUUUCUAAACUGUGUCUUGAUUCUGAUUCUAACAAUAAUCUACGGAUUACUACAGAUUAACGACGCAAAAUCUCAUUCGGAGUCCAUUUACUGUGGGUUUUGUCGUCUACGGUUUCUUUCUUUCCUUCUUUUUUUUUUUCAAUUUGGAAGUAAGGUUAGGCGGGCUAUUUCAGUGAUUGUAUGCCUUCAGAAUUUUGUCACGUCGUCUUUAUCCCUUCUGUACCUUAAACGAAGUGUGCGAUGAUGAUGAUGAUGCUAGUUGCUUAUUUUUCUCUUUUAGUACAUCAAAAACCCUAUUUUAUCAAGCCACUGCCUGAAGAAGUUGAAGUUCUCGAGGGAGACUCCACUCGCCUUGAAUGCCGCAUCGCACGGGCAUCAAAAGUGUUAUGGCUCAAAGACGACGAACCUUUGGUGGAGGGUGAUCGAGUUGCAAUUGAAAAUGAUGGUGAUGUCUACACAGCUGUUAUCUCUCCCACGGAACUUGAUGAUGAAGCUGAAUACAAGUGUGUGGCCCAGAAUGAGUUCGUUGAAGUGUCCUGCAAAACGGAAUUGAUUGUUGAAGAAGGUGUCACUAUGCCUCUUAUUAAGGAGCCCUUAAAGAACGUGGAUGCAAAUGUGGGAGACAUUGUCAAGUUUGAUGUGCGCAUCGCCGGAAAUCCUGAACCGAUGGUGGAGUGGUUUAAGGAUGGAAAACAUCUGGAAGAUGAAGGCCGCGUUGUCAUCAUUGAUGAUGUUGAUGAUAAUGACAAGGAAUUAUUUUCCUUAGUUAUCGAGGGUUGUCAGAUGGAAGACUCGGGUAGUUACAAAGUUGUGGCCAUGAGUGAAGCUGGAACUGCUAACAGCGAAUGUGAUUUGGUAGUUACUCGUUCCACUGUCCCACCUGAAUUUAAAGAUGAAAUCGAAGAGGUAUGCUGAGUUGUUUUUUGCUGACAAAAUCACCUUCCUCGUUCCUCUGUAUUUGUAAUUUGAAUGCCAAUAUGGCUGGUGCUCACUACAAAAUUCACAAAAAAAAGCUUCUUAUAGCGACACUAAAUUUCUGUUUAACACCAUCUUGUAAGUCUUUCAACGGGAUACACUUAGGAGGCAAUUAAUUGUGCUCCCAAGGGUGUUCUGGUUGCGGAAGGUUAUGCACUUUUCAGUCAAAAGGUUACAGUAGUUUUGAGGGUAAAACUCAAGUUUCUUUUGUUCCAAACAAACUCUUUACCAACAAAAACACCAUUGCAAUUAACAGUUGGUAGUUGGAGAAUCCUGAUCAAACUUUGCCCGUAGUUGUAACCGGCUUUUAAAUCAUUAACAACUUGAAGGUGAAUUUAAUUUUUCCUUGAGCAGUUAAUAAGAUUAUGACUUCCAUACAUGCUACUUAUUGGUAAUUAUGAACCGAAUGUAAUGAAACGAAGGUAGUGGAGUUCAAUAAAAAGUGAUGUUCGAUCACCUUUGUUUUGUCUCAACAAAAUGAUGACCCACGUCCCACGUCUUUCUUCAUGGGAAAAAAUUAAUAAUUCUUUGCAGCCCUGGGGGUGUUUUUGCACUGAGUGAUCAUUAAUUUCAUUUGGAGUAUAUAUUUUUGUUAUUAUUAGGUACCACUGGAAGGUUCACAAGGAGAUAAUGUGACAAUGGUUGUACAUACUGGCCGCCUGCCCGCGCCAUCCAUUGCUUGGUUUAAAGAUGAGGAACCCAUUGUGUCAGACUCACAUCUUGAAAUCACACAAGAACCUGAUCUCUGUCAGCUGUUAGUUAAGCACGUGACACCAGCCGACUCGGGCACUUACAAGUGUGUUGCAUCUAGUGUUAUGGGAACCAUUACAAAGAAAUUCCUUCUCAACAUUGAAGGUGAGUUUGUCACUUUUGCGAGUUUAUUAGUUUAAUUAUGCCUUCACGCCUGCUGUGAAAUCUUAACUUGGGUUGAGUGAUACUUGUAUUUGUUUUGUUUGCACAAAAAAAUGCUUUAACAGCUGCGGAUGUAACGUUAGUUUUGCUUUUCUUUGUUGCUGCUCUUUGAGACUUUUAAGCGAGCCAAAAUAGAAAAAUCAUACACCAAUUUGCUGGCGAUUAGAGGUAAAACCAAGCCAAUCGUGAUUUGUUCGCGCGCGUUGGAUAUUUACUUUUGUUUUCGUUUGACAGCACGUGGAAACUGUCUCAAUUAAGAGGUGAUAACAUUUUAGUAAACAGUGUAAAUCACAUAAAUACUAAUGCUCUACGCAUAAAGUAGAGCAGAUAUAAUUUAGAUGUUUUCCAGAAAGAACUUAAAAGCUCUCAGAAUCUUAGGGCCAGUUAUUUAAACGUAGUUUAGGCAGUGUUUAACAAAACCGCGUUUUAAGCCAUUUUCAAUUUGCUCGAUGGUUUUUUCUAAACACUAUUUAUUGCGAAAAGCUUUAUGAAAGCAUAGAUAGUAGACCAGAAGAGCAUUUAUCUUCUUAAAAUAACUCACUAAGGAAGAGACCUGGAGGUCCAAAGAUUUGUUAAACCGUGGCUAAAAUUAGACUUCGUUUAAAUAUCCAACCCUUAGUGUUUUUGUGUUUUAGUUUGAAUAUCUCUGCUAUUUUCUGUACCCUAGGUUCAGAGAUUAGGGAAGAACAGCCCAUAACUGUGUCAGAGAUGGAUGACUUACAGGCUUCAUUGCCCAUUGAGGUAAAACCAGUGCAGGAUCUGUCUGCACCUGUCUUCACAAAGAAGAUCGAAGAUGUUGUUAUUGAUGCUGGUCAGGAAGCCCGUUUUGAUGCCAGAAUUCAUGCUGUUCCGGAACCCAAGGUUGAAUGGUAUCGAGGCUCGGUAAAGAUCGAAGACGAAGGUCGGUUUGUCCACAUAGAUGCGCUUAAAGAAGACUUGUUCUCUCUUAUUAUAGAGAGUGUCGAACCAGGUGAUUCAGGGACCUUCAAGUGUAUUGCAACCAACGAAGUUGGGGAAUCGACUUGUGACGCACAGUUAACUAUAAAAGGACCAGAAUCUUCCAUAGCUGGUGAUAAGGGAGAAAGUCCUCAAAUUACGCAGCCUUUGAGAGACGUUGAGGUAACGGAAGGAGAAAGUGCAACACUCGAAUGCAAAGUGUCAGGAAAACCAUAUCCAAGUGUAGCUUGGUAUAAAGAUGGCACAUGUGUGAAUGAUGUGGAAAGAUACAAAACAAGAUUUGAUGGGGAGUUAGCCACGUUAAAAAUCGCAACCACAGAACUGGAAGAUGAGGGCGAAUUUAAAUGCGUUGUUGAAAAUGCCUUUGGUUCAGCUUCUUGUUUGUCAGAACUUCUAGUCAAUGAGGCUAAUGCAAAGCCUGUGUUUGAAGAAAAAAUGAAGCCUGUUACUGUCAACGAAGGAGAUCCAGCAACAUUUAGUGUGAAGGUGACUGGUAACCCCCCUCCUGUUAUUGACUGGUAUCAGGGCAAGGAGCAGCUGGAGGAUAAAGGGCGUAUUGAAAUGGUAGACAGUGAAGAAACCAAUAUUUACUCACUUACUAUUAAAGACACUCUUUUAGAGGAUGCUGGUACUUACAAAUGCGUAGCCAAGAACGAAGAGGGGGAGGCUUCCAGCAAAGCUGCCUUGGCUGUGAAAGAGAUCAUCUCUGAGCCUGAAUUUGAAACUGAGAAAGGUCAAAGUCGUGAGGAGGCUACCCCAAUCAAGGUCCGAGAAGGAGAUGUCGUGAGUCUUAGUGCCGUUGUGAAGGGAAAGCCAGCACCUGCCAUUGAAUGGUAUAAAGAUGAAGAGAAACUGCGGGAAACAAGCCGUUUGAAGAUGGAUGCCAAAGAUGGUCAACUUUCUCUGAUAAUACUGGAGGGAAAGCCUGACGACUCUGGAGUUUAUAAAUGUGAAGCCAAAAGCAAAGGUGGUAAAGCCGAAAAAACAUUUAACGUCAACGUUCAAGGUACUGUUUCCAGUGAUCACCCGUGUUAUGGUUGUUAAAUUCAAAUUAACCUUUUAAUGAUUUUAUUACUUUAAUUUUCCUAACUUUGCCUCAUUGGUGUCCAAACAAACGAAAACUUAAAAGUGUUUCUUCCCAACGCCUCAAAGUUGAUAAAUCAUUAGAACCCACAAUGAUAGUUUGCAUAAUCAUAAUGUUAUUGGAUGAAAAAGUAGUGUAUACAUAUAGGGCCAACAGAUGUUUAGUUAGAAGAAAAGCUUUUUACGUAUCGUCGUUUUUCUGUUUAUUGUAGCCGAAAAACCCGACGGUUCGGCACCAUUGUUCACAGAGUUACUCCAGCCUGUAGAGGUGGUACAAGGAUCUCCAGCUAAACUCCAGUGUCGAGUUACUGGUGUGCCGGAGCCGACCAUUGAGUGGUUUAUAGAUGAUGAGCCUGUGAAAGAAGAUAAGAGAAUAAAGAUACGGUUUGAUGGCGAGUUGUGCACUUUAAAGUUUCUGUCAACGGAACUUGAAGAUGAAGGCCCUUACAAGUGCGUAGCUAAGAACGAGUUUGGUUCAGCCUCGUGCGUUUCUGAACUUCUUGUAAACGAACCAAAAAUGAAGCCAGAGUUCGUGGAGAAGAUGAAACCUGCUAAUGUGGCCGAGGGAGAGGCCGCCCGUUUUGAUGUUCAAGUUGACGGCAAUCCGCUGCCAAUGGUUGAAUGGUUUCGAGGUAAAGACAAACUUGAAGAUGAAGGACGUUAUGUGAUGGAUGAUGCCGAAGAAGAGGGUAGGCAUACUUUGAUUAUUGAAGACGCAGUUCCUGAAGACGCAGGUACGUACAAGUGUGUCGCAUCCAAUGAGGAAGGGCAGGCAACCACCAAGGCUGCUCUUGCUGUGAAGGAGAAGAUGAUCGUACCUGAGUUCACAGGUGAGCAACAAGAAGCGUCAAUACAUGUGGCUAGUGGAGAUGACGUGGGUCUAAGCGUAUGCGUUACAGGGAAACCCUUACCCUCAGUGGAAUGGUACAAGGAUGACCAGAAGAUGCGGAAGACAAGCAAACUGAAGAUCGAUCAGGAAGAUGAUAAGGUUUCACUAAUUAUUUUGAACGCCACGCCUGAUGAUUCUGGCACCUACAAAUGUGUGGCUUCUAGCAAAGCUGGGACAGCGACUCGUUCAUUUGAUGUUAAUGUGGCAGGUAAGUUGAACCCUAAACACUUUUAUCAGUGCUUACCUUUUUCACUGUAGUCAGUGCUCACUCCCAUGUAAGUAAUUACUUUGUGUAGGCAUCAUAAUGUGUCCAAGGUUAGUUUGGAGUAUGGAAAGAAGUGUUUACCUGAAUACACCGCUAUAGCAUAGUUUUGUUUCUUGCUAUUCAGCCACGAGGCCGGAAGGUAAAGCACCGGAGGUUAUCAAGCCUGCAAACAGUGUUGAAGUCGAAGAAGGUAAACCAGCAAGGAUAGAGUGUCAGAUAGCUGGGAAACCCAAGCCUAAUGUGGAAUGGUUUAAAGACAGCGAAAAGGUCAAAGAGAGCAAUCGCGUCAGGCCUGAAGUCAGCGAUGACACUUUCUCGUUGAACUUUAAAGAAACUAAGCUUGAAGAUGAAGGAGACUACAAAUGUGUUGCUCGGAAUGAGUUCGGUAGUGUGUCGAGCCAGGCUGAGCUUCUUGUCAACGAGGCACUUACUAAGCCCGAAUUUGAAGAAAAGAUGAAGAACUUGAACGUUCAGGCUGGGAAAGAGGCCAGGUUUGUCGUGCUGGUUACUGGUGUUCCACCGCCAGAAGUUGACUGGCUCAAAGGAGAUGACAAGGUUGUCGGCGAUCGGUUUGUCUUGAUUGAUGAUGAAGGCGACGAUGGGCGUUUCUCUUUGAUUAUCAAGGACGUACAGCCGGAGGAUUCUGGAAAGUAUGAAUGUAUCGCGUUCAAUGAAGUGGGAGAAGUGUCAUGCAAGGCUAACCUAGCUGUGGAGGAAACUCUUGUAGCUCCCGAGUUCACUGAAGAACAGGAGAGUGCGCCAAUUGUUGCUGAGGAAGGAAGUGAUGUUAAUUUGAAUGUAGAGUUGAAGAAAGGACAACCAAAACCUCAAAUUGAGUGGUUUAAGAAUGACAAACCAGUGAAGAGUGACGACCAUCUUGUAUUAGCUGAUAAAGGAGACCUGCAUUCGCUGACAAUUUCCUCAGUUGUCCCUAAUGAUUCUGGUGUUUACAAGGUUAAAGCUAUUAGUAAAGCUGGCUCUCUGGAAAGGACGUUUGAUGUGCAGGUUGCAGGUAAUGUACUAUACCACAGCACCUAACUUGUUGCUGCUAGUCAAAUAAACCUAAAUGUUUCUAAACGUGGAGUGACUAAUUUCAGAGCUCGAACGUUUUGGUUCAUUCAUUCAUUGGUUGUUUUGAUAAUAAUAAUGUUCUGAUAUUACGUUGACACUCGUAAUCUCCAACAAAGCUAAAUUGUAAUGCUGGUUGUUUAAGAUCUAACAAGACCAAGGAAAGUAUAUUUUAAUUGCUUUCAUUUAAAUGUUCACACUAAAGGAUUCCAUCUGCAGACUCAAGAAGUUGAGACGUGACUUUUCUUCGCCAUCGCAGCUUUCAGCUUCCUGCUUCAGACCCUUAAAGUUUAGUUUUGAUUAUAACAUUUUUGUUGUGUAUUCUGACGUUUUACCUUGCAGCAAAGCAGCCUGAGGGUUACGCCCCGCAGUUCCCAGAAACUUUACAGCCAUUGGAGGUGAAGGAGGGAACUGCAUCAAAGCUUCACUGCACGGUGGAAGCAGAACCGCAGGCGACGCUUGAAUGGCUUAAAGAUGGAGUGAAAGUAAAGGAAAGCAGAAGGGUGAAAAUAGAAAGUGAUGGAAAAACGGUUUGUUUGUCUUUUAAGGAGACCAGGCCUGAUGAUACUGCUGAGUACAAAUGUGUAGCCACUAAUAGUUUUGGGUCUACCUCUUGUGUGGCGCGUCUAACAGUGAAAGUCCUGUCUAAACCCGACUUCAAGGACAAGAUGAAAGGAGUCGAAGUAGUGGAAGGUGACUCCGCAGUGUUUAACGUUCGGGUUUCUGGUUAUCCUGAACCUAGUGUUGAGUGGUUUAGAGGUACAACAAAGCUGACGAAUGACGACCGAUAUGCGAUCGAAGAACAUAAAGAGGAGACCAGCUUCAGUCUUACAAUCAAAGAUGUUAAACGUGAAGAUACAGGCAUGUAUAAGUGCGUUGCUUCGAAUGAAGUUGGUAAGAACACAUGCCGAGCGGACCUGAGUGUGAAGGAGAGGCUAUAUUCCCCUGAAUUCUCCGAAGAGCCCUCGGACGCCCCCAUUACAGUGACAGAAGGCGACGAAGUGAACCUCGAUGCAACUGUCAAAGGAAAACCGAAACCAGACGUGAGGUGGUACAAAGACGACAAAAUCCUUCGUGAAAGUAGCAGACUGGACAUUAAGGCUCGAGGAGACAAAUACUCUGUUGUUAUCCUUGGUAUCAAAGCUGAAGACGCUGGCGUAUACAAGUGUGAAGCAAAGAGCAAGAUGGGUACAGCGACCAGGACGUUUGAUGUCCGUGUUGCAGGUAUCAUUUACAAAGAUCUAUAAUGAGUACCUAAUUACCCAUAAAUAGAAAAGUUUUAUUGAGGGCCCCCGGUUGAUAGGAGCCAAGUGCAGACAGGGUCACUCAGCUUAAAUAAGUUUCAUGUAGACUUGAUUUUACUGUGGGUACCAAAGUACGCUGGCAAUGCUGUGGUACUUUUGUUUUUAGAUGAUAUAUUAAUAAGCAAGAUUUGGUUAUGUCAAUUUUCAGUUCUGGUUAUACUUUUCCAAUCCUCUAAACGUAAGCAGACAAUUUUUAGAUUGUUAAUUUUCUUUUUUCUCUGCUAACGCAUUCAGCACAACCUUUAUAAGGAAAUGGAUGAUAACUUUUAAAUGAAAUAUUUGGGCGCGAGACUUGCAAAGGGAGUCUCGCGAAAACGCGGGAGUGGUAAGCUGUUAUUGUUUUAAUAUGCUUUUUUUUUGCAGCGAAAAAACCAUCAGGAACUGCUCCAGAAUUUACGACACUUUUAGAAAACUUGACUGUGGUUGAAGGUGACCCUGCGACGCUGCAAUGUGAGAUUAAAGGAGAACCAACACCAGUCGUUGAAUGGUUUAAGGAUGAUGAGCAGGUUGCGGAAACUAAUCGCGUUGAGAUGGAGUUUGACGGCAAGCUUUCGUCCUUAACAUUUGAGCCAAGCAAACUUGAUGAUGAGGGUGACUACAAGUGUGUUGCGCGCAAUGAGUUGGGUAGUGCCUCCAGUAAAGCUGAACUUCUUGUAAACGAGGCGGAUACAAAACCAGUAUUUACAGAGAAACUUGAAAAUGUCGUUGUUAAAACUGGGGAAGAAGUCCGGUUUGAAGUUCGGGUGAUUGGAUCGCCUCCACCAGAAGUUGAUUGGUUUAAAGGAGAAAAUAACCUUGAAGAUGACAGUCGCAUCCUUAUGGUUGACAACGUUGAAGAGGACCUGUUCUCGCUGAUUAUCGAAGAUGCACAGCCAAGUGAUAGUGGAGAGUACGAGUGUGUAGCGUUCAAUGAACUUGGCGAGGUUUCUUGUAAGGCAAACCUGGUCGUUGAAGAAACGAUUAUCGCACCACAGUUUGGAAGUGAGGUACAAAGUGCAGCUCCUGUUUUCCUAGAAGAACCAAUUGUUGCACCUGAAUUUACUGAAAAAAGUGAAAGCGAACCCAUUGUCAUUGACGAAGGAGGAGAAGUUACUCUCAGUGUGGAUGUCAAAGGACAGCCGAAACCAGAUGUGCAAUGGUUCAAGGAUGAUGUAGAAGUUAGGCCUAGUGAGCAUGUGGCCAUCAGCGAGGUUGACGACAAACACGCCUUGUUAAUCAAGGAUGCUACUCCUAAAGAUUCGGGUAUUUACAAGUGCAGGGCUAGCAGCGUAGGUGGUGUGGCUGAAAGAACCUUUGACCUACAAGUAGCAGGUAAACAUUAUGUGAAGUGUCAUUUGAAUCUUAUUUAUAGAAUUUUACGUACUCUAAAAGUGAAAGGCGAAAGUCUUAGAAAAUGACCAAUUCGACAAUUUUAAGGAAUUAGCAAAAUGUUCUAUAUAGGUUGAAUGAAAACAACUGAACUGCCUUAAAGUUAUUAGUCAAUCACUUUCAUUUCAAUGGCCUCACUCACAAUAAACAUAUCGGCCAUUUGGAGCAUGCAUGUGAGACUGAUUCGUUGUGCCGAAUUGCACUAUGGGAAUUUUUUUUUUUUGGGGGGGGGGGACCCUUUCUCUCCUCUCAUUGGCUAUUACGAAUUUGAGCAGGAAACUGGGUCAAAGUUCGUCCCCCUAAAUAGACCUUUUUACCGAUACGGCGGCCAUAUUGAAGUAAUUCGAUUUAAGGAGUAUUAUAGGAUGCCCAGGGGGCAUGAGCACAUUUCGUUUGUAUUUUCGAGCGCUUUUCGGGACAUUUUUUCGGAAAGUUUUCUUAGAAUAAGAUUGUAAUGGAAGAAAAGAUCCUUGUGCCGUGUUUGGAUGUAAUAAUGAUUGCCUUUUUCCCGAGAAAUAUACAGUGAAAGACCAUAUUUCUAAUUCUAAACUAGAAAAAGGCGAUCAUUAUUACAUCCAAACACGGCACAUGGAUCUUUCUUCCCAUUACAAUCUUAUUCUAAGAAAACUUUAAGAAAAAAUGUCCCGGAAAGCGCCAGAAAAUACAAACGAAAUGUGCUUAUGCCCCCUGGGCAUCCUAUAAUACUUCUUAAAUCGAAUUAAUUCAAUAUGGCCGCCGUAUCGGUAAAAAGGUCUAUUGUUUCACAGUGCAAUCCGAUGCAAUAACGACUCAUUCUCACGGGUAAUCUAAAAGUGGCUGAAUUUUGACGUGGUUCCUUAGGAAAAAGAGCAUGUUCACAUUAAUAUCAUUAGAAGUUACUACUCUGCCACAGUGUCCAGGGACAAACGUGAGCUUGAACCUCGGUUGUCACAGAGGCUCUAGUAGCUCAUUGGUUAGUGCAUCCGGUCUGGAAAUCUGAGGGCCACGAGUUCGUAUCGCAAUAGGAGCUCGUAAUUGUUUGCUCAGCUUUCUCAUCACUCUUCCCUCUAAAUUUGAAAUUAGUCAAGGCGAAAUUAGAGCUGAUUAGUGUUGCUGUUGUUUUUGUCUUAACAGCUAAAAAACCAGCAGGGACUGCACCAAUGUUCACCGAACCUCUUUCACCAGUAGAGGUGAAGGAAGGCAAUGAUGCUAAGCUACAAUGUACUGUUGCAGCCGACCCCGAACCUAAUGUUGAGUGGUUCAAGAAUGGAGUGCGUGUUAAAGAAAACCGACGAAUUGAAUUGGACAGUGAUGGAGGAGCCAUUUCUUUAACGAUCAAAGAAACAAGGACGGGUGAUCAAGGAGAAUACAAGUGUGUUGCGACCAAUGACUCAGGUUCGGAGUCCUGUGUUGGAAGCUUAACAGUCCGCGCUAUCACCAAGCCAGACUUCAAAGAGAAACUCAAGGCAGUUGAAGUCAUUGAAGGGGACACAGCACGGUUUGAUACUCGAGUUCUUGGGUACCCUGUGCCCGAUGUUGAGUGGUUUAGAGGAACAACCAAGCUGAAAAAUGAUGAGAGAAUUGAGAUGACGGAGAACAAAGAUGAAAACAGUUAUUCCCUUGUAAUUGCUGAUGUUAAGCUUGAAGAGGCUGGAAUGUACAAAUGUGUGGCUUCUAAUGAAGCAGGUGAGUGAAAAGAUUUUUUGAAAUUGGGAGUUGUCAUGUCAGAAAGUGAGAACAAAUCACAAUGAACAGGUGUGAUUAUAAAAUGUAGAAUGGGAAUAUUGCAAAAUUUUUAAAAGCGUUUUGUUAAUGGAACGAGAAGGGUGUAACAUUAACUACUCUUUAGGAUCUUACGCCGUGGGUUAACAGUUCAGUUGAAAAUUUUUAGCAACACAUGUAAUUAAUUUAUACUUCGCGAACGAACCUGCCAACUGCAUUGUUUUUCUCUGUGAAUGUGCUAUUGAAUUCUUAAUUGUUGGCGAUGAGAGGUAAUUUUGAUAACAUGCUAUGCCCAAAAUAAUAUGGACUGUAGAGUCUUCACGUUAGUAAUUAACUCUUGCAUCAGGUAAAAACACAUGCCGAGCAGAUCUCAAGGUCAAGGAGAAGCUGUUUGCUCCUGAAUUCUCCGAAGAGCAGUUGGACACGCCCAUUACAGUGACAGUAGGCGACGAAGUGAAUCUUGAUGCUACAAUCAAAGGGAAACCAAAACCUGAUGUUAGAUGGUACAAAGACGACAAAAUCCUUCGUGAAAGCAGCAGACUGGACAUCAAGGCUCGAGGAGAUAAAUAUUCUGUUGUGAUUCUUGGUAUCAAAGCUGAAGACUCUGGCGUGUACAAAUGUGAAGCGAAGAGCAAGAUGGGUACCGUGAGCAGGACGUUUGAUGUCAAAGUAGCAGGUGUGUAAUAAAUACUGCUAUCGUUUUGGUAGGUUUCAAUAAGCAAGCUUUGUUUUGUUGCUUUGGUCACCGUUGCAAGUCAUGUGAAGACGCUGUAAUUGAAGAUGGGUUACUAUUAUUUUUCAAUGUGGACUUUUGAGAGCAUAUUGAAAGAUCAGCUUUACAUAGUAUAUUUGCUGGCUGGUUGUGGGCAAUAGGCGUAAUGACUGAAUUGGGUCCAGAAAACCAGAAAGGAACAAAUCACCGUUGUCAUAAGCUUAAGCAAACAGCCGACAUUUCACGACAUCGCCACUAGUUUAUGUCUGAAGAGCGAGCGCAGAAAUGUCAUACUGAUGACGUAUUCUGAUUGGUCGUGUCGCGUAGAAAAUUCGCUUCUUCCAAUCACAAGCACUAGCCAGAUCUGGAUAGUGCCACGAGUAGAAAUCAGUUGGCUUUGGUUGGGCUUUGAUAGACUCGUUAUUGUUUUUGUGUCUUGCAAAACGCAUUUAUCCCCCUUCAAUAGCCUGCCGAAGGCGUUUAAUGUUAAUGUUGUUUACUUAUUUGCUAGAUAAAAAGCCAACUGGAACGGCACCUGAGUUUACCCAUCCGUUAGAGUCAUUAGAAGUCUCCGAGGGAAUGGCAGUUAAACUUUCAUGCUCCCUGAAAGGAACACCCGAACCAACCAUCCAGUGGCUGAAAGAUAACAAGCCUCUGAAAACUAACAAGCGAGUCAAGGAUAACUUUGACGGCGAAGUCGCCUCUUUGGCAUUUACUGAGAUCGACCUUGAUGACGAAGGAGAUUACAAGUGCGUCGCGCAAAACGAGUUGGGAUCAGCGUCUUGUACUGCCGAGCUUCUUGUUAACGAGACCGCUAGUAAACCAGAGUUUAUUGAAACAAUGAAGGACAUUCAAGUCGCUGUUGAUGAUGAGGGACGGUUUGAUGUGCGCGUGUCGGGUUUUCCUAACCCGUCAAUUCAGUGGUUCAAGGGGGCAGAGAAGAUCGAGGACGAAGGGAAGUUUAUGUUAAUUGACGAUGAAGAAGAAGAUCUGUUUUCUCUUGUUAUUGACCAAGUUACACCUGACGAUGUUGGUACGUAUUCGUGCAAAGCUAACAAUGAGGCAGGGGAAGCCAGCUGUAAAGCUGAGCUGCAACUUCAAGACCAGAUGGCAGCUCCAGAAUUUGCUGAUGAAGUAGAAAGCGGCCCAAUAACAGCUCAAGAAGGUGGCGACGUGACAUUGAACGCUACUGUUAACGGAAAGCCAGUCCCAGAUGUUGAAUGGUAUAAGGAUGAUAAGAUCCUGAGGAAAACUAGCCGCUUUGAUAUGAAAUCACGAGGGGAUAAAUUUUCGCUGGUUAUCCUGAAUGUGACACCUGAUGAUUCUGGUUUGUACAAGUGUGUGGCUCGCAGCAAGGCUGGAAGUGUUUCGAGAACAUUUCAAGUGAAUGUCGAAGGUACCUUUGGUAGUUAUUGUGACGAUAUUAAAAUUCCCUUCCCCUAGUUGUCGCCUGCAAUCCUAAUCUCCAGGUUGCUAAUACGCAUGCUUGGCACUUAUGUAUCUAGCAAUCGUUUGGACUUCCACUAAGAAUGAAUGAAAUGAAUAGAACGCAACAUGAUCACUUUAUGGUCUUCCAACACGUGAAACUUACGCAAAGCACCAGCGUUAGGGCAAGAGCAUUUUGACCUUCGACCAGAAGCCUGAAACUCGCCCGCACUCCCUAACUUUUGGUUAUUACUAGUAGGUAUAUUGUAGGAUAAGUACUUCAAAGGUUCCAAGGUGCUAUGAUCACGCUGUUCGCUAUCUUUUGAAAAAACUAAAACGUAUCUUCCCAUCGAAUGAAUUCUAAAAACAUUUGACUACUUUUGUUGUUUAAGACUACAUCUAGACAGUGAGACUGUGUCCUGUCUUCUGUUGCUAGGAUGGCAAUGCUGGGCUUGGAAGGACCGCGCUACCUUGUAGCUAAUUCAUCUAAAGAAAACGAGCCACCUGAUUAAUGCAGUUCUCUUUGAAUCUUAGGUAAAAAAGCAAAGAAACCAAAAGGGAAAGCACCUGAAUUCACGCAAUCUUUGAAAGUAACAGAAGUCGAGGAAGGGAGUCCUGUCAGAUUAAAAUGCCGCAUGACUGGUUCCCCGGAGCCCACGGCAGAAUGGUUCAAAAACGGAGCUCCGAUCGAACUGGGCCGUCGAAUAAAAGCUGAUGUUAUCGGUGACAUGUGUCAAUUGUCUUUUACGGAAACACUAGCAGACGAUCGGGGGGAAUACAAAUGCGUUGCUAGGAACGAUGUUGGAUCGGCAUCGACCGAAUGCGAGCUUAUUGUAAUAAAACCUAUCUCAUCACCCGAGUUCAUAGUGACACUUAAAACUGUUAAUGUGAAUGAAGGCGAGACAGCUCAGUUUGAUGUGAAAGCAACUGGACAUCCAGAGCCCAAGAUCGAGUGGCUUCGUGGUUCUCAAGCUAUCGAUAACGAAGGACGUUUUACGUUAAAACGUGGCGAAGAAGGCGGUCAGCACUCUUUAAUUAUCGACGAUACAACGACGGACGACGCUGGUACUUAUAAGUGCGUUGCAUCUAACACUGCGGGAAAGGCAACGUGUCGAGGUGAACUAAACGUCAGCGAGAAACUAACAGCUCCAGAGUUCGUUGGCGACCUAGACGAAGCUCCAAUAACUUUUAACGAGGGCGAUGAAGUGUCGUUAACUGUUACUAUUCGCGGAAAACCAUCCCCUGAAGUACAAUGGUACAAGGAUGAACUUAAUGUGUCUAAGUCAUCAAAUGUGAACACGCUUGUCAAAGGAGAUCAAUACACACUUACAAUUUAUAGCGCUAAGCCGUCUGACUCAGGAGUCUACAAGUGUGUUGCCAAAAGUAAAAUGGGAACAGCUACACGGACUUUUACCAUUCAUAUUGAAGGUGAGUCCGUUGCUAAUUAUAGAGUAAAGGGUGUGGCCUAAUGGGUCCCUUCUGCGGGUAUCGUGGUACAAAUUAUUUAGCAAAAUAGAAAGAAAAACGCUUAAAAAUAGAGCUCGCUAAAUGACAUUACGUUUAGGUUCUUUACUUGUGGUGAUAGUGGAGAAGAACCUGGAAAGUAGAUAAUGAAGUGAUCGUUUCUGCAGUUAGAUAUAAGGGAGCUUUAACAACGACGACGGCGACGGCAGCGAGAACUUCAAAAACGCAAUAGGUUUGAUUAGCAAAACAACAUCUAUGCACGUGCAGCACACUUUUUUGUACAUUUCUUUGCCGUCACUGCUCGACUACGGCUUGAAAAUCCCUGAUUUCACGUUUUAUGGAGGACGUAAACAAGCGAUAACGAAUUUUUCUUUCUCUUUUAAAACUUGAGUGUGAUCCCCAAGAAAUCAACUUCAGGGAAAUUCGCCUACAUUUGACAUUUCCAGCAAUUGGAAUAAGCGCGACAAAGUUUGAAAAAACGCGAAUUCAUUUUAAAAGUGACGUUUUCGCUGCUGUCGCCGUCGUCGAUGCUAAAACUCCCUAUAAGCAAGCACGACGGCAACGGCGACGAAAACCUCCCUUAAAAUGGUACUUGCGCUGUUUCAAACUUCAUAGCUCUUGUUCCAUCUCGUUCAAUUUGUCAAAUGUUCACGACUUUUUCUGGACUAUAGUUCUAAAGGGCUGUAUCUAAGUUUAGGAAACAGAAGAAUAUGGUCGUUGUCUUGUGUUCACAUUCUCCUUGAAACGUGAUAACCGUGGUAAGUCUCACGUCGUAGUCUCGCAACGACAGUAAGGAAAUCUACAGUUGUGUACAAAAAUGGUGAUACACGUGCAAAGUUUCUGUUUUGCAAAUAGAGCACAUUACUUGUUUUUGACUUUUUCGUAGCUGUCGCCGGUUUGGGGACAGUGAAGGGGGAACAGAAGAAUUUAAAAUAUGUGUUCUGUUGUAUCUGUUUACUAUUAAUUAGCCAAGAAACCUAAAGGAACAGCACCUGAGUUCUUCAAAGCUCUUAAGAAGAUAGAAGUAGUUGAGGGAAGUACAGCUAAACUGGAAUGUUGGGUCCACGGAAAACCGGAACCGGAAAUAGAAUGGUUCAAAGAUGAUGUAGCUGUUAAAACAAGCAAACGGGUGAAAACUUAUUUUGACUUCGAAGUUUGUAAACUAACAAUUGCUGACACUGUUACUGAUGAUGAAGGAGAAUAUAAAUGCGUGGCGACCAAUGAGCAUGGCAGUGCCUCUUGCUCUGCUGAGCUCUUAGUGAACGAAGCUAUUGUCAUGCCUGAAUUUAAAGAGAAAAUGAAGCACAUUACUGUUACUGAAGGUGACACAGCCAGGUUUGAUGUUCACGUGAUCGGCAAUCCUAAACCUGAAACUGAGUGGUCAAAAGGCGGGAAACCUAUAAGAGAAGGAGGAAGGUUUAAGAUAGUACAAUCGGAUGAUAGUGACUUACAUUCCUUACUUAUUGAGAAUGUGUCAAUGGACGACUUUGGUAGUUAUAAAUGCGUAGCAUCUAAUGAGGCUGGUAGAAUGCAGUGUUCUGCGCGAUUGGAUGUUAAAGAAAGAGGGAUGGUACCUGAGUUUUCUGACGAGUAUGGCGAUGCGCCGAUUGAAGUCAGCGAAGGUGAUGAACUUAAGAUUAAUGUAACGGUCCAAGGGAAACCAAGACCUGAUGUUGAAUGGUUCAAAGAUGACAAACCUUUGAAAAGAACUAGUCGCAUGAGUUUAUCAACUCGCGGAAGUAAAUUCGGUGUGACUAUUUUCUCUGUUGCCCCUGAAGAUUCAGGAGUGUACAAGUGUGUUGCUAAGAAUACAGCUGGUACAACAACGAAAACGUUCCAGGUCAACAUCGAAGGUAGGUCUUCUUUCUGUUACUUAAAUCAUUUUCUAGAAGCUAAAGGAAAGCACCUAUCGUCUCACUUUUUAUAUGGUUGUUUGCUAUUUCAGGUCAAGACUAGCUCGAAUACAGCCCCCAUCUCCCGUCAAACAAAAUCUUCCCGAUAUGUUUUUGAGGGGAGGCAGCGGCUGUUCACAGAUUAGUUCGAGACGUGCUUGCAAAUUUUGCUGCAUUUUGUCAUUAUACAAAAGAACGAUAUUGAUAUUGAUAUUAUUAUUUUUCAAUAAGUGACACAGGCAAAACUUAGAAAAAAAAAAUACAUCCAAAUGAAAGCUUAAAAGGUUAGGUUUCCACAUCUGUCACCUUAUUCACUAGAGGACAGUUUUUUGGUGCACAUUUUCAGGGCGGUCGUUAAGGUCCCUCUCCGACAAACGAGACGCAAAACACAAGAUCGUUGAUUAGUGUGCAAUCCUGUGGCACCUGGAAUAUACACUCGGGGUAGCUUGCGUCGCAAUCAGUCUAAAUCACUGAUAUCGAGUACUCUAUCUGGGUCUCGAGUGACAAUUUCGGCUGCAACGCAGGCUAAUUCGGGGUAGUUGCGAAAGAGAUCCCGCUUUCGAUAGCUUCCGGAUAUCCAACUCAGCCAUUUUGUUGAAUGCUCUUCAGUGGUUUUAUGGGAGAUCUUUGAAUUGAAAUGCCCCAGUAUGAGCACGUUUCCGAGGACCUUCUUGUACAAUAACCAGGGCGAAAUUUGAAUUAGGUAAUUGAUGAUUUUGCUGAUAUUUAUGCGUUUUGUUACAGGCAAGAAACCUGCACCAAAAUUCAUACAGCCGUUACAAGACACACAAGCUACCGUUGGCGCGAUAGUUAAGCUGGAAUGUCGUUUAAAUGCAACGCCUAAACCUAACAUUGAAUGGACCAGAAAUGGCCGUCCUGUCUUUGAAAGCCGGCGUGUACGGACAGAGGCGGAGGGUGACCUCUACUCUCUUGUAAUCUCUGAUCUUAGACCUGAAGACAGCGGGGAAUAUCAAUGCACAGCCAAGAACAAAACAGGAACUGCUUAUUGUACAGCUAAGCUUACUGUGAGUGAGUCGACGAGUAAACCCGAGUUUAAAGAAACUAUGAAAGAUCUGGAAGUCGUAGAAGGCGAUGAAGCCGUGUUUGAAGUUGCAGUGAUUGCUAAAACCGAGCCUGAAGUAGAAUGGUAUUUGAGAAAAAUGAGGAUAACGAGCGAAGAAAAAUACACCAUUAGUGAAGACCUUGACAGGCAGAGAUAUUCUUUGAAAGUUGUUGAUUGCCAACGAGAAGACAGCGGGCAGUAUAGAUGCGUUGUCAAAAAUAGCGCGGGCGACGUCAGUUGCUCAGCAGAAUUGAAGGUUAAUGACAGAACUGUUGCGCCGACGUUUGUUCAAGGAAGCGAGGAACAGCUUUUUGAGGUGUGGGAAGGGGCACCAGUCAAGCUUGUUGUGCAAGCGAAAGGAAAGCCUACGCCGCAAGUUGAGUGGUUCAGGGAUAAUCGUCUUGCAAGACGAGUGAAGCGAGUUGAGCUACAAACGGAAGGUGACAAGAGCAAUUUGUUAAUCCCUAAAGCAGUGCCAGGUGAUUCAGGGAAUUACCGCGUUGAAGCCACAAAUUCUGCUGGCACCGCUGUGAAGCCAUUUACCGUCAAGGUCAAUGGUAAGUGCAUUCUUUGAUCUGUUAGUAGACAGUGAAGACUGAAUUCCACUGUAAAGUGAUGGUAAUGUGCAGUAUAGGUGAGAGCGUCCAUUAUUUGUAAUCGCCAUAUUUGAUUUGGAAAGCUCUACCAUGGGCAUAGGGCUACGAUUGUUGUUUCGCGUGUAUAAUAAAGCGCCACGAAGCAAAUGUGUCCCUUGCUUGUGAGAUUGUUCAGAAACUUAAGUAUUGGGUGUUACAUCGAUCGAUGCAAUGUUGUAGCUUACCUUUUCCUGUAAAGACGUUUAAUGGAAUAAUAAUCCCUGCUAUUCAAUUUUGCUAGCAUCCGUUCAACAUUCGCCUCCUUGUCAAUUCGUAUCACGAAUCGUGUAACCCGUCUAAGCUCAGUAAAGUCGACCAACUUGGGUCAGCUGAACACAUCGUAGCAUCGCCAAUAGUUUUAAGUUACGUUGUUGAUUAUAAUGUCUUGUUUAAUUUUCAGCACAAAAGCUUGUACUAAGACGUGAACCAAUCCCACCAGGAGCCGAAAAACCAGAGUUUAUUCAGAGGCUGCAGGAUAUUGAGAUCGUUGAAGGAAGUGCUGCUAGAUUUGAUGUUCGAGUCAAAGGUACAGUACUUUUUUUCUCAAGUUUUGUUUGUAACUUGUAACUAUCAAAAGAUUUAGUGUAGAUGAGGUUGUUUGUAACUGUAUGAAUGGAGUCGCUUGACGCUAAUUAAAAAAAAAAGUAAAGUGAACCCUUGCCGUGGUGGAGACUUUCCCCUGUCUAAGUCAAUUUUGUUUGUCACUUUCACUCCAAACAGCGUCCCCGCAAAAUCCAAUUGUGAAAAAAGUCCAAUUUUGGUUUUUUAAUAUGGUGAAAACCAAAGAUUUAAAAAUAAGUCCAACGUUUAAGUCCUCCAAAAUGGGUUUGAUUUGAGUAUUAAGGUUCGCAUCAGCAGAUUAGCAAGUUAGUAUGAAAAGUAAACACGACAGUAGAGUACUAUACUUUUCAUUGUUAGACUCAGGCCAGGAAAAAAGCUAACUUGGCCUUGGUAGAAUUGUAGGUUUUUCGAAGGUUGGACCAUGCACGUUGGCCUCAACAAAGGCAAACGAGCGAAUCUUUUGUGCUCAUGAGGUUCGAAAAAUCGGGAUUUUACUUAAGUAAGGGGUUCAAAUGUGUUUUGUGCUGGCAAUGAGGGUGAUGUUUGCUCCAAUAGGAAAUCCUGAGCCUGAAAUUGAUUGGUACAAAGAUAACCGAGUAAUCCGUGAAGGAGGGCGGUUACAAUUCAAGUUUGAAGAUGACGGUUUGUGCUCCUUGCUGAUAAAAGAGGCUGAAUCAUCUGACAGAGGACGCUACAAAUGCGUGGCCAGCAACCCUGCUGGAAAGGCUCAAUGCAGCGCGGAGCUCUUCAUAGAAAGUAAGUAGUAGUAAUAGUAGUAGUGGCGCUUUGGCACUUGACUGUAAAGCUUUGAAGCGUAUGGGGGUCGAAUGUUUGCACCGCUGGGAACACCCCGUGAGCGCCUUAGCCCCGCAGACUGGGAAAUUUCCCGUACUGUUCAGAGGUUUAACGAGUGUGGUAGUUAUGGGAGGUUUCCGUGCAUGCUUUAACCCCUAAGAGCAUCUGAUUUCUCCUUAAAAUAACACUAAACAUAUAGGUCAUGAGAUUAAAGGAAUGGAUCCCCAUGUAAAGUAAGUUUUGGUUAUUAAACAAAUUAUCCCCCACUUCUUCAAGCUACUGCUGUUGGCGGGCGGACCCGAACUUCAUCCUUGUAUGUUUUAUUCGUUAACUCAGAAAUGUUCUAAUCGCACUUAAUUGUAGUGUAGUGUAUUUCAUUGUACUGUGAACAGCUGGCAAUGAGUCCGCAAAGAUCAGUGCCGAGAAAUUGCAUGCCUUUUAAUGGGUAUGUCUCAAACGGUUUGAUCGCUGGUGGUAUAUAUUUUAGUUAAGCUACAUGCCGAGAUUGUCUUCACCUUUUUGGAUAUAAGAAUCACGAGAAUUCAAGUGAACUGUUUUCAGCCAUGUGAAAAUGCUCUACCUUUCCUUUAGAGCCUUUUUUUAACCGACUUGAAUUUAGUAUCAGGCCACCAGGUAAUCGUGUCUAUUUUGUUUUGUUUCACAGCCCAUGGCUUCGAUUCUACAAGUGGGUCAGAUAUUGACAGGCGUCUUUCUCGGUGAGUCAAGCGAUUGUUCGAAUCGUGUUUGUGCUAUUUUCUGUUCUUUCUGUAAAUGGGUCAGGACCUGUUUCUUUUCAGGUGCAUGGAAUUUGGGAAUGACGUUUGGACAGAACCAACGUGAUGGUCCAACAACUUCAAACUGUGCGGAAUGUUUAUCUAGGCCGAAUAGUUUCAUCUCAUUUUAAUCUGAUUAAUCGUCAUCAACCGAAACAUUUAACGUCAUUGAACGCCGUCCAUAAAGGUGUUCUAGCAGAUCUUACGUGUUGCAUCCGACACUGUUGAAUGAAGGAGGACCAAAUGAGACUUAGCCUAAACUGUAACAACUGCAUUUUUAGGAGUUAAUAUUCGUAAGCGAUAUGGACACAAGGAACCAUUGUCAUAAAUACUCAUUAUCGUUAUCGUUUUCAUAACCUUUGCCAUUGCUAUUGCCAUUGCCUUUAUGAAAAUGAUCAUCAUUAUCAUCAUCAUUAUUAUCAUUAUCAUUAUCAUCGUCAUCAUCAUCGUCAUUAUCAUCAUCAUUAUCAUCAUCAUUAUUAUCAUUAUCAUUAUCAUCGUCAUCAUCAUCGUCAUUAUCAUCAUCAUUAUCACCAUCAUUAUUAUCAUCAUUAUUAUCAUUAUCAUUAUCAUCGUCAUCAUCAUCGUCAUUAUCAUUAUCAUCAUCAUUAUUAUCAUCAUUAUUAUCAUUAUCAUUAUCAUUAUCAUUAUCAUCGUCAUCAUCAUCGUCAUUAUCAUCAUCAUUAUGAUCAUCAUUAUCAUUUUUAUUUAUUUUAGGGAGUCGACAUUCGACAUGCUCUCAGAUGACACUGAAGAAGACGAAGUCGACGCUGAGUCAUCCGGCCCUCUAAAGAUCCCUCCAGACAUCACAUUAGUGUUACGCAAUCGUGACGUGAAAGAGGGUGGCGUGACAAAGUUUGCUUGCCGUGUGAUUAGCAAAACCCCUUUGACAGCGGAGUGGUACAAGGAUGAACAGCUUGUUAGUAAAUGGCCCCGCUUUACAUGUGAGCGUGACGAAGAUCUCUUUGCCCUUAACAUCUCGGACGCUAAAAGGACAGACGCUGGACAUAUUCGGUUUGUUGCCAGAAACGAGUUCGGUCAAGUGGAAAGUAAUGCUUACCUCAAUGUUGAACGUAAGUUAUGUCAAAAUUAUCGUCUGAGCGCUCUUGAACGUACUGCAGAAGNUUAUUUAUUUUAGGGAGUCGACAUUCGACAUGCUCUCAGAUGACACUGAAGAAGACGAAGUCGACGCUGAGUCAUCCGGCCCUCUAAAGAUCCCUCCAGACAUCACAUUAGUGUUACGCAAUCGUGACGUGAAAGAGGGUGGCGUGACAAAGUUUGCUUGCCGUGUGAUUAGCAAAACCCCUUUGACAGCGGAGUGGUACAAGGAUGAACAGCUUGUUAGUAAAUGGCCCCGCUUUACAUGUGAGCGUGACGAAGAUCUCUUUGCCCUUAACAUCUCGGACGCUAAAAGGACAGACGCUGGACAUAUUCGGUUUGUUGCCAGAAACGAGUUCGGUCAAGUGGAAAGUAAUGCUUACCUCAAUGUUGAACGUAAGUUAUGUCAAAAUUAUCGUCUGAGCGCUCUUGAACGUACUGCAGAAGGACGUUUAUCCGCUGCGCCGCGUCAAAAAUUAGAUCACUUGGUUAUUUCUCCGUUUUCCAAAUGUUUGAACGUAGAAAAUGGCGGCUUUGGUUUGAAUGGUUACGCUCCAGGUGUCACUUGCACUUUAAAUUACUACCUUGUAGCCUUGGUUUAAAUGGUUGCACUUAACGAUUUCUAUGCAGACUGUAUUACUCUCCUCAGAUUAGGUCGCGCUUUCCUUAAAGCGCGACUGGGAAUUUAGGAGUCGCGCCCUUACUAUACUGCCAGCUUAGAAGUUUGAUUUACAAAGGCAUUAAUGAGAUUAAGCCGUCUGUUUUCUUACAAUUGUAAUCCUGGCAUACGCAGUUUAGGUGCGAACGAGUUCAAAGUUUCUUCGUAUGGAAUGUGGACUAAAGACAGUUGCCGCUCUCCUGUGAACAAAGGCACCAACUCGAGGCUCGGGGUGACAAAGCACACUGAUGUGUAUGAAACAUCUUGAGGUUCAGCGAUGAAUAAUUAUUAUUUUACUUUAUUCCCCCAAACCUCGGAACCAAGCAUGAAUUUUUUUAAGAUAUCGAAAUUGGUCUACUUCCCACGCAAGCCGCGACCCUCUUUAUUAAGUGCUCUCUGUAGUUGAAUGCGAAAAAGAUUCUGCGAUGUCAAUGAUAUCCUUGAGAAAAGUAUAUUUAAGUAUUAGUCAAAUAUCGAUUAGUUUGAAAUCAGUUAGAUUUUUUGUACUUUCUCUAGCCGACAUGGAGCCUGAAUUUGAGGGGACCACCCCCAGAUUUACUCAAAAACUGCAAGAUGUAGACGUAUUACCCGGUAAAGUAGCUCGUAUGGAGUGCCGGGUGAUUGGGGACCCUCAUCCGGAUGUCCGGUGGUACCGGGAGAAUGAACCCUUAUUGGAAGGUGGAAGGUACAAGUUUGUAGAGGAAGGAGACCUACAAGUGCUUGUAAUCAGUGACGUAAGUGGAAGUGACGAAGGCGUGUACAAAUGUGUGGCUAGAAACGUCGCCGGCAAAGCACACUCCUCAGCAGAAUUGUUUGUCAUGCGUAAGUAGCUUAAUGAGAUGUUUUUGUAGAAAAUAAAUAACAGUCUCGGGUUUCUCUGUGGCAUUUUAGGUGGUCACUUGGAGGAGUUUCGACUGUCGUUCUCAUAGUUUUGAUAAUUUUGUUCCUAUUUGUUUCUUAUAGUAACGGAUGAAGAAAGCGAGUCUGCUGGCGAGCAAGAACUAGAAAAAGAGAAG